CUAGACCCUGUGUAGUUCUGUUUUUUGGGUUAUAACGGGGCCCAACCGUUCUCACCUUGGAUUUUCUGGAAACAUUUUGGAUAAGAGGAUUGUUGCUGAGGCACUAGCUACCUGGGCACAGUCCCAUCAAGUGUAGGCAGCCUUGUGAUACAAGGUGCCUUCUGCCAUGUCAACACAAGCUCCAACAUUUACACAGCCGCUUCAGAGCGUUGUGGCACUUGAGGGUAGUGCCGCAACGUUCAAGGCUCAAGUUAGUGGUAGUCCAGUUCCAGAGGUGAGCUGGUUUCGUGAUGGCCAGGUUCUUACUGCUGCCGCUCUGCCCGGCGCUCAGAUCUCGUUCAGCGAUGGCCUGAUGGUGGUUACAGGUAAGCAGUCAUAGAAACAGCUGUGUACUUUUCUGUCAUUUACUUUUUGUGCCAAACAAACACUGUUUUUUUUUGUUUGCCUCAAAGCGGAAACUGCGCCACCAAACUUCAUUCAGAGACUACAGAGUGUGACUGUUAGACAAGGAAGCCAAGUGAGACUGGAUGUUCGAGUGACAGGAAUCCCUACACCUGUGGUGAAUUUCUACAGAGAGGGAGCUGAGAUUCAGAGCUCUGCUGACUUUCAGAUUGUUCAAGACGGAGACCUUUACAGUUUGUUGAUUGCCGAGGCCUUCCCAGAAGAUUCUGGAACUUAUUCUGUCAGUGCUUCUAACAGCAGUGGACGUACUACCUCUACAGCUGAACUUCUGGUUCAAGGUAAGGAGGUUGCAGUGCCUGCAAAGAAGACCAAGACUUUUGUUUCAACUUCCCAGAUUUCACAGACUCGCCAGGCUAGAGUUGAAAAGAGAAUGGAGGCAUCAUUUGAGUCCACAGCCAUGAUGGAAAUGCAAAUAGAGGAUGGUGAUUUGGCCCACAAGGCACCACCCCGUGUGCCUCCUAAGCCGACCUCCAAGUCCCCAACCCCACCGACAGGAGUGUCAAAGGUCGCAGCUACGCGCCAUCAGUCACCCUCCCCUGUGAGGCCUGUUAAAGCCCCCAUUCACACACCUCACAGGCCUGUUUCCCCUUCAAGACUGUCCGUGUCCCCUAUCAGACCAGUCAAGUCCCCAAUGACUACACUCAAACAAGUCACACAGGCUGCAGAUAUUCUGCCUCCAUGGAAGCAGGAGGGUUAUGUGGGAGAAUCCAGUUAUACCAGCAUGACUACUGGGGCCUCAUAUGUCCAGACCUCCUCCACAUUUGUCCACAAGGAGCAGCAAUGGGAAGGUUCUUUUGCUAUGCAGCAACAAGCCAGUGGAGUCGCUUUCAAACAAAUUGUUGAGACUGCAGCAAUCCCAUCCCUCACAAAAGAACAAGUGAUGCCGCCAACUAUUGUGGCUGGUUUGAAGAAUGUGACUGUCACAGAGGGAGAGUCUAUCACUCUGGAGUGCCAGAUUUCAGGCCACCCUACCCCAGCCAUCAUGUGGUUUAGAGAGGAUUAUAGAAUUGAGAACUCAAUUGACUUCCAGAUCACUUAUGAAAACAGCUAUGCCCGCUUGGUGAUCCGUGAGGCCUUUGCUGAAGAUAGUGGCCGCUUCACUUGCACUGCUACCAGUGAGGCUGGAACUAUCAGCACCUCAUGCUACCUGCUUGUCAAAGUGUCAGAAGACAUUGAAAGCCGGGAGGAUUUUUCUACUUUCUCUGAACACAUUGAAAUGUCUGCUCAGGAAAGACAGGUUACAGUUGAAGCCAAAGAGGAGACCAUGUCUGAAAUAAGUGCCGUCUCUGAGUCUGUGGAGGCUGGAGCUGGUGUUGCCCCAUUCUUUGUGAAGAAACCCACAGUGCAAAAGCUUGUGGAGGGAGACAGCAUAGUCUUUGAGUGCCAAGUCGGAGGAAGCCCCAAGCCACAUAUUUUCUGGAAGAAGAGUGGAAUCCCACUUACUACUGGAUACAGGUACAGAGUAGCCUACAAUAAGGACACAGGAGCAUGCAAGCUUGAGAUCUCCAUGACAUUUGCUGAUGAUGCAGGAGAGUACACCAUCUUUGCUAGAAACCCACUUGGAGAGAUUUCUGCUUCAGCCAAGCUACUUGAUGAAGAGGCAUAUGAGCUGUAUAUGAAGAAACAGGAAGAGACAUUCAAGACAGAAAUUACUACUAUUGUAGAGGAGCCAAAAGUGGCUGACAUACCUGCUGUUGUUGAGACUGUAACUGAGAAAGAGCAGAUGCUCAUGCAGAGGAGGAUGGCUCAACAAACCCAGAUGAUGCAGUCCUUCAUUUCAGAGCAGGAGUUACAAAUAUCUAACUUGGAGCAGAGAUUCAUCCAAGAAAUUGAGUUCCACCUGCUCAAGAUUACUUACCAGGAGCUGGUGACUGAGGAUGGGGAGCAGUUGGAUAUGAGUGUUUCUGAACAUGAUGCUAUUUCUCCAGUCUUUAAUACUCCAGUUAAAAGCUACAGACUCAGGGAGGGAAUGAGUGCAACAUUUCAUUGCAGGAUGACAGGAACCCCUUUCCCUAAGAUCGUCUGGUACAAAGAUGGUAAGCGCAUCACACAUGGAGACUGUUAUCAGAUGGAGGUUCUGCAGGAUGGUAGAGCCAGUCUGCGCCUUCCUACGGUGCUGCCAGAAGAUGAUGGUGUCUACACUGCUUUGGUCAGUAACAUAAAGGGUAAUGCUGUCAGCUCUGGAAAGCUGUAUGUGGAGCCAUCUGAUGUAGCACAAACCCAGCUUCCUCAGCCUGGCGCAGUUCAAAGAAUCAGGUCCACGUCACCACGCUCCACAAGUCGUUCUCCUGGUCGAUCACCUGCUCGAAGACUUGAUGAGACAGAUGAGGCCCAGCUAGAAAGACUCUACAAGCCUGUGUUUGUACAGAAGCCAUCAUCCUUCAAGUGCUCUGAGGGACAGACUGCAAGAUUUGAUCUGAAAGUAGUUGGAAGACCCAUGCCUGAAACUUACUGGUUCCACAAUGGACAACAAGUGGUCAAUGACUAUACCCACAAGAUUGUGGUAAAGGAGGAUGGAACUCAGUCAAUGAUUGUGGUUCCUGCCAUGCCUCAGGACUCCGGAGAGUGGACAGUUGUUGCUCAGAACAGAGCUGGAAAGACUACCGUAUCUAUGACUCUCACUGUUGAAGCCAAGGAAAACUUGGUGAGACCACAAUUUGUGGAAAAGCUAAGAAACAUCAGCGUUAAAGAGGGUACUUUGGUUGAGCUAGCUGUUAAAGCUAUUGGCAAUCCCCUUCCUGACAUUGUUUGGCUGAAGAACAGUGACAUAAUCUCCCCACACAAACACCCACAUAUUAGGAUUGAGGGUGGUAAAGGCGAAGCUCAUUUCAAGAUUCCAUCAUGUACAGGAUCUGAUAGCGCAUGGUACACUGCUACUGCUAUCAACAAAGCUGGCAGAGAUACCACACGCUGCAAAGUUAACAUUGAGGUGGAUGCAGUAAUUCCUCAGCCUGAGAAAAAGCUUGUCAUUCCCAAGGGAACUUACAAGGCCAAAGAAAUUGCUGCACCAGAGUUAGAGCCACUGCAUCUUCGCUAUGGUCAGGAACAAUGGGAAGACGGUGACCUCUAUGAUAAGGAGAAGCAACAGAAGCCUCACUUCAAAAAGAAGCUUACCUCAGUCAGGCUGAAGCGAUUUGGACCUGCACACUUUGAGUGCAGACUGACCCCUAUUGGUGACCCAACCAUGAUUGUUGAGUGGCUGCAUGAUGGCAAGCCACUGGAAGCUGCUAACAGACUACGCAUGGUCAGUGAGUUUGGCUAUUGCAGUCUUGACUACGAAGCUGCUUAUUCCAGAGAUAGUGGCGUCAUUACUUGCAGAGCUACCAACAAGUUUGGAGUUGACCAGACCUCUGCUACACUAAUUGUUAAAGAUGAGAAAAGCCUUGUUGAGGAAACUCAGUUGCCAGAGGGAAGGCGAGGACAAAGAAUAGAAGAAAUAGAGCGUAUUGCACAUGAGGGUGGCCCCUCUGGAGUUACUGGAGAUGAUAAUUUUGAAAAGACUAAGCCAGAGAUUGUGCUACUUCCAGAGCCAGUAAGAGUUACGGAGGGAGAAACUGCUAAAUUCCGCUGUAGGGUGACUGGCUACCCUACCCCAAAAGUUAACUGGUACCUCAAUGGACUGCUCAUCCGCAAGAGUAAAAGGUUCAGACUUCAGUUUGAUGGUAUUCACUACUUGGAAAUUGUAGAUGCCAAGCCCUAUGAUUCAGGAGAUGUCAAAGUUGUGGCUGAAAACCCUGAAGGUGUUACUGAGCAUCUUGUAAAAUUUGAGAUACAGCAGAAGGAGGACUUCAGGUCAAUCUUGCGGCGUGCUCCUGAGAUUAAGGCUCCUGCUCCUGUACCAACACAAGAGCAUGGUAGAGUCUCAUUUGAGGUUGUCAAAGCCGAGAAACCAUCUGAGACCUCUAAAGAACCCAAGGAGGUGGUUAAGCUAAAGAAAACUGAGAGAGUAAUCCAUGAGAAAUUAACAGAAGAAACAGAGGAGCUAAGAAGCAAAUUUAAGCGUAGGACCCAGGAGGGCUACUAUGAAGCAAUAACUGCCGUAGAACUGAAGUCCCGCAAGAAGGAUGAGUCUUAUGAGGGUAUGCUGAAGAAGAGGAAAGAAGAACUUCUUCAUCAUGCAAAAGAACUAGGGCCUGAUGCUGAGAAGAAUGAAGAGGAGGGUAAACUCACCAUUCCCAAAGUCAAACCAGAGAAAAUUGUGCUCUCUCCAAGCAUGGAGGCUCCUAAGAUCAUAGAACGGAUCCAGAGCCAGACAGUUUGCCUGGAAGAUGAAGUACACUUUCGCUGUAGAAUCACUGGUAAACCAGAUCCAGAAUGUCAGUGGUUCAAGAAUGGUGUCUUAAUGGAGAAGUCAGACCGGGUUUACUGGUAUUGGCCAGAGGACCAUGUCUGUGAAUUAGUGAUCAAAAAUGUCUUAGCUGAAGACUCAGCAAGUGUAAUGGUCAAAGCCAUAAACAUUGCUGGAGAGACCUCAAGCCAUGCUUUCCUACUGGUUCAAGGCAAACAAGUUGUUUCAUUCACACAACUUCUCGAAGAUCAGAAUGCUAAAGAGAAGGACACCAUGGUGACCUUUGAAUGUGAGACGAACGAGCCAUUUGUGAAGGUCAAAUGGAUGAAGAACAAUGCAGAAAUUUUCUCAGGUGACAAAUACAGAAUGCACUCUGACAGAAAGGUGCACUUCCUGUCAGUGCUGAUAAUUUCUAUGAAUGACGAAGCAGAGUACAGUUGUGUGGUUGUUGACGAUGACCACAUAAGAACCAGUGCCUCACUUUAUGUUGAAGGUGCACCACUUGAAAUUGUAAAGAAUCUUGAGAAUAUGGAAGUACCUGAGACAUACUCUGGAGAGUUUGAGUGUGUUUUGUCCCGUGAGGAUGCUGAAGGCACCUGGUAUUUUGAGAACAAAGAAAUCACUCCUAGCCUCAAAUAUGUUGUGUCUGCACGUCGUGGUCGUCAUAGCCUUUCUGUGAAAGAUGUUAAGAAAGAAGACCAGGGAAAAUACACUUUUAGAGUGGGAGAUCUUAAGACAAGUGCCUCCCUUAAGAUGAAAUUGCGCCCUGUGACUCUGAUGCAAGGUCUUUCUGACCUGACAAUCUGUGAGGGUGAUAUUGCCCAACUUGAGGUGCGAUUCUCUCAGGAAAAUGUUGAGGGCUCAUGGAUGAAGAAUGGCCAAGCCAUUUCUGCUUCCUAUAAGAUUCACAUGGUCAUUGACAAAGUCACCCAUAAGCUUCUCAUUGAGGACGCCAGUAAGGAUGAUGCAGGAAUGUACUCAUUUGUUGUUCCUGCUCAGGACAUUUCUACAAAUGGAAAGCUAACAGUUCAAACUAUUGGCUUCUUGGCACCACUAAAGGAUGUUUCCACAGUGGAAGGAACUAAAGCUGUCCUUGAGGCUAAAAUCUCUGCUACUGAUAUAACUUCAGUGAAAUGGUUCCACAACAACAAGCUGGUGACAGCAAGUGAUAGAGUCCAGAUGGUUGUCAAAGGAUCUAAACAGAGACUGGCUAUUAACAGGACCUACGCAUCAGAUGAAGGACAGUAUAAAUUGAUUGCUGGCAAAGUAGACUCAACCUGUAAACUUUCUGUCCAGCCUGUAUCUAUUGUUAAGCACAUGGAAGACUGCGUUUGCACUGAGACCCAGAAUGUCACCUUUGAAGUGGAGGUAUCUCAUCCUGGCAUUGAUGCUCUCUGGACUUUCAAGGGUCAACCUUUAAAGGCAGGUCCAAAGUACAAGAUUGAGGGCAAAGGUACACACUAUAGCCUCACUGUUUUGAAUGCCAUGAAGGAUGAAGAAGGAGAGUACAUGUUUAUGGCUGGUGAGAAGGAAUCUAGAGCAAGACUUACUGUAUCAGGUGGUGCUAUAAAUGGGCCACUCCAUGAUGUGACUGUAGCAGAAUCCCAGACUGCUGAGCUGGAGUGUGAAGUUGCUAAUCCUGCUACAGAAGGCAAAUGGCUUAAAGAUGGCCACCCCAUUGACUUCAGCGAUAAUAUCAUAAGUGAAAACAAAGGUGCUGUCAGACGCCUUGUCAUCGUCAUCACCAGGCCACAGGAUGUUGGAGAGUACAUCUACCAGGUGGCAAAUUCCAAGACAUCCGGCAACUUGAAGGUUGAAGCCGUUAAAAUCAGGAAGACAAUAAAGAACCAAACUGUUACCGAGACCCAGGAGGCAGUAUUCAGUCUUGAACUCACCCAUUUAGAUGUGAAAGGAUCCCAGUGGAUCAAGAAUGGUGUUGAGAUUCAACCAAGUGAUAAAUUUGAGAUAACUGUCCAAGGCAUGGUUCACACCCUGAAGAUCAAGAACUGUAACACCCAAGAUGAAUCAGUCUAUGGGUUCAAACUGGGAAAACUCUCUGCUAAUGCCAGACUCAAUGUUGAAACUAUCAAAAUUGUGAAAAAACCAAAGGAUGUGACAUCACUACUGGGUGCCACUGCCUCAUUUGAGUUGAGUUUGUCCCAUGAUGACAUUCCAGUUAAGUGGAUGUUUAAUAAUCAGGAGCUCGAGCCAUGUUCAAAUAUUAAAACACUGUCUGAGAGGAAAGCCCACAAACUUAUCAUUCAGAGUGUUGAAGGUCACAUGGCAGGAGAAUACAUUGCUGUGGUCGGGCAUCUGCAGUGCAGUGCACAUCUUCAUGUUGAAUAUUUGGGAGUCACCAAACCUUUGAAGAACAUUGAGAUUCCAGAGACCCAUGUGGCAACAUUUGAGUGUGAAGUUUCACAUUUCAAUGUUCCAUCGAUUUGGCUGAAAAAUGGAGUUGAGAUUGAAAUGAGCGAGAAGUUUGGAAUUGUGGUGCAAGGCAAACUUCAUCAGCUGAAGGUCAUGAAUGCCAGCCAAGAGGAUGUUUCAGAAUACACAUUUGUUUGUGGAAAUGACAAAGUCUCUGCUACUCUGGCUGUAAAACCAAUUCUGAUCACAUCCAUGCUUCAAGACCUCAAUGCUAAAGAAAAAGACACUAUUACAUUUGAGGUGACCGUCAACUAUGAAGGCAUCACCUACAAAUGGCUGAAGAAUGGUGUAGAAAUCCGAUUCAGUGAUAGGUGCCAAACUCGCACCAAACAGUUCACUCACUCACUCACUCUCCGAAAUGUUCACUUUGGGGAUGGAGGAGACUACAAGUUUGUGGCUGGAUCUGCUGAAACGUCUGCAAAACUCUUUGUUGAUGCUCGUGUGAUUGAAUUCACCAAGCACGUUAAAGAUAUCAAGGUAACUGAGAAGAAGAAGGCUAUAUUUGAAUGUGAGCUCUCUGAACCCAGUGUCCCUGUGAUGUGGAUGAAGGAUGGGCAGGAACUUGAGAUGUCUGACAGAUUCAAAGCCACCAUUGACAAAUUCCUGCAGCGUUUGAUGAUCCAGACAGUGCGCAUGUCUGAUGCUGGAGAGUACUCUGUGGUUGCUGGUGCAAGCGUUUCCAAGGCAAACCUCAUUGUGGAGGGCAAAGAUGUCCGCAUCUCUGAGCCUGCUGAGAAGGACAUCACUGUGGUUGAGAAACAGAGGGCUACAUUUGAGUUUGAAGUUCAUGAGGAUGACAUUGAAGGCCGCUGGCUGAAAAAUGGUGUUGAAAUUCAAUCUUCUGAUGAGCGUUUCAACUAUGUGACAGUUAGAAAGACACAUCGUUUGACAAUCACUGAAACUUACAGAAGUGAUGCUGGAGAAUACACUUUCAUUGCAGGAAAAAACAGGAGCACAGUCAAUCUGCAUGUCCAGAUCCCCGAGCCUCCUCAGAUCAUCAGGGACAUGCAGCCCCUGUCUGUUGAGGCUGGCAAACCUGCACGUUUCUCUGUGGAAGUGAAAGGAAUUCCUCAGCCUCAGGUAUCUUGGUAUAAGAACUCUCAGGCCCUGUCUUCUGGGUUCAAGUGUAAGUUCCUGAGGGAGGGAAAUGAGCACAUUUUGUUGCUCAUUGAGGUCUUCCCAGAGGAUGCAGCUCAGUACAACUGUGAAGCUAAGAAUGACUAUGGAGUAGCCACAAGCUCUGCUUCACUUAAUGUGGAAGUUUCAGAAGUGGUUUCUCCAGACACGGUGGCUCCAGUGGCUCCACCAGUAAUUAUUACCUCACUGCAAAAUACCUCUGCUGAAGAGGGAGAAUCAGCCAAAUUCCAGUGCCGUGUCUCUGGAGAUGAUCUGAAGAUUACCUGGUACUUCAGAGAUAAGGAGAUUGUGGAGUCUGAGAACUUCAGAAUGUCUCAGUUUGAUGACACCUGCCAGCUUGAGAUCUCCAGAGCAUAUGUUGCAGAUGCAGGCGAAUACACAUGUGUUGCACGCAAUUCUGGAGGAAUGGUCUCUUGCUCCGCUGUUUUGACUGUCAAUGAUCUCAGUGUGAGAACAGUAGGUAGGCAAAGUGUUUCGAGCACUGGAAUGACUCAUUCGGAGAUGGUCACCUCCCAGAGUGAGACUCAUUCUUCCACUAUGCAAACUUUUGAAAGUGUCUCUACGGUGAUGAUGUCCACAACAUCUGUUAAAAGCAUUGAGGUCCAACAAGUUACCUCUAUGGAAGAAUAUUCUACAAGCCCCACUUUGACCCUGAAAAUGAGUGAUGUCAUUGUCAGCCUGGGUGAUGUGGCUCAGUUCAACUGCUCCUUCAGUGGACAACCAUUUACUGAAAUUAUAUGGGAUCAUAAUGGAAGGACAAUCACAAAUACAGAAAGGGUGCAGUAUGUACAUCAAGGCGGGCUCAUUUCUCUCAUCAUAUUCAAUGUCCAUCUUGGGGACCAGGGAAGUUACUGCUGUACUGUUAAAAAUAGAAAUGGUGAAAAUCGAACAUCUGCACAGCUCACAGUGGAAGCUAAAGAAGCGAACCCUAAAGAAACCCUCGUACCUUCCGGUUCUAUCAGUAAAUCUUCUAAAACUGAAAAUGAGUCAAGUAAAAAGGCCACUGACCAAGAAAAGCAGGAGUCCUUCCCGAAUUUUGGAGCCCUGACAACAAAGUGGCAGAUAAGCCGACAUUACAAUCCUGAUGUUAUCCCUUUGUUGGAGCGUGACAUAUACGAUGCAAUGCAGCCAGAGUUCCUUGUGAAACUGUCCCCAGAAUUCCUUGCCAAACAAAGGGAGAGUGUUUCUCUUUAUUAUGUAAUCAAAGGAACCCCCUCUCCAUUCGUUGUAUGGCUACACAACCAGUUGAAUGUUGAAGAGCCAAGGUCAUACUCCUUGAAACAUGACGGGCCAUUGUGCUGCUUAAAUGUAAAGAAUAUUGGUUCUGAACAAGGGGGCACACAUUCUUGCAAGGUUAUCAAUGUUGCAGGAGACAAAACAUGCAGCACUCAUCUCAGAGUGAAGACAGUGUCUAAAGUGGAUGAGGAGGCCAGUUAUGAAGAGGAAGCAAAAGUGUUUUCUACCUCGACUAUAUCAACUGGGGAGGACUCUUGCACAACAAGUCUUCAUUUAAAAGAAAAAAGCAAAACAUUUGAACUCCAGCCAGAGUGUAAAUCAUUUUCAGAACCAUUAGAGAAAAAGCCAGAAAAGCCCGUUUUUGUAACAAAAUUCUCAUCAGCAAUCGCAACUUUUGGAAACACGGCUAAGUUUACUGUGAUAGUUUCUGGAUUUCCUAAGCCAGUUAUUCAGUGGUACCACAAUGGCCAAUUGAUAAAAUCCUCAGCUUUUUAUACAUUUGUCCAAGAGAAGGAAGAACAUACUCUUGUCAUAAUUAACAUUACCAAAGAGUUGGAAGGAGAGUAUUCUUGCAACGCGAGCAACCGAUUUGGCAAGUCAACAUGUACAUCCUAUCUUCAUGUAAAGGUGAAGGACAUAAAGGAGCAAGAAGAGACUUUUGGGCAGCCUCCAUAUUUCAUCAAAGCAAUUGAGCAUGUGAAGUGUGCAGCCGGUAGCCAUGCUCUCUUUGAAUACACCGUAACAGGGGCUCCACUUCCUGAUGUUCAGUGGUAUAGAGGUAGCAAACAUAUGCAGCCUAGUAAGUACUGCAUCAUUGUGAACAAUACAGAUGGGUCUGGCUAUUUAAAGAUAUUAGGCAUUCAGCAAAGCGACAGUGAUCUUUACUCUUGUAGGGCAUCUAAUCCUCUUGGAGAAACCUCUUGCACUGCAGAACUCGUUGUAUUCUUGGAGACAGCUUCUGAAACCACUGAAUCACGUUUGUAUAGUGUCAGUCUUCCAGAACAAGUCAGGACUAGCCUUCAGCAAGGACAACAGAUGGUUUACACCACUGGCACUGAAAACAGGCAAACUGUUACAAGUGGGCAUAUGGGUACCUUGCAUGCUUUAGAUAUAUCUGCAGCCACUGUGCACAUGGAGCAGGUAACUCACCAAGCUACAGUGAUUCAGUCUCAUGAUGUGCAGAAGAGAGUAAAAGUUGCCCCUGCCCAGCCAAUGCCAGUGGUGGCAACUCCUCUGAAACAGCUGCAUAUGGCUGCAAUGGCCUCUGCUGUUCAAGAAAACCAAGGCUUUACUGAGCAGCACUGUCAUCAAAUUGUUAGUCCAGACGUACGAAAGCUUGAAUUGAGUGUUGAGGAGCACUCAAAACUUAAAUCCGCCAUUUCAGAUAGUUCUACACCUCUUAGCAUAGUGAAAGCUGAGGAUUUGAUAAAAAGUGAAACUGAAAAGAUACAAACAACUUCAGAGCCAAAGGUUAUUGUUAGUGGUCCUCAAGUUGAAAUUAAGUUACCAAUUCUACGGGAAGAAUGCACAAAAAUUAAAAGUCCUGAAGAGGAGAAAAGCUACAGAGUUACAGAAGGGGUUAAGUUAUUGUAUACUGCAACAUCAUCGGAGAAUGUAGCACUUACAGAAGGUCAUACUUCAGAGCUAGCAACUUUUGAGUCCAUUGAAUGUUUAGCAGAAAAAGAACAAACCAAACCAGUGCUUACAUCAGUCAGUGAGACUAAGCACACUCUUUUAAAAGAAAAAAAGUUUGAAAUGCAUAGUCCAGACAAGGAAACUGCUCAGCUCUCUAAAGAGCCAAUAUUAAAAUCAGCCCUGAUUACUGAAGAAAAGAACAAGCUUCAAGCUGACAACACCACUGGAAUACCUAUUCUAGAGCAUCCUUUUUCAGUCCAUUCCCAAAAAGAAGAGGAUCAGGUGCUUAAUUUACAGCUUAUCAGUGACCAAGGCACUCUUUUGUCUGAGGGCAGAUUUACUAGUGAGAAGCCAGGUUUCGAGCAGGUGGAUGUCAAAAAAAUGCCAAUUCUUUUGCACGCAGUUUCUUCUGAUGACCAGACAACGUUUUUUUAUGAACCGGCAACACAGCUAGCAUCCAAGGAUACCACAAUUGUUGUAAAGCCCAGAGAAGAGUUUCCUGCCCGAUUACAUCUUCACUCGGUGCAGUCGAAUACUACUUUAUAUAAAGAAGGGUUACUUUCAGUCGAAAAGCCAGAUGAACAGAAAGCCAUCCAGAGACAAGAAAAAGACCGUAAAUUUGUAGCCACUAAAGAAGAACGUGUAAAACUAACUUCAGAUUAUGCCAAAGGUCUUGAUGUGAUGGUAGAAGGUCUUAAGAUUGAGCGCAAAACAGAAGCCAGACCCUUGAGUGUGCUUCAGGUAGUCUCACAGACUGAUCCGCUUUCAAAGGAAAGCCCUCUGGUCAGUGAAGUCAAGCUGCAUUGUGCAAUUGUGCAGAAAGAGGAUUGGUGGAAUAACAUGCAUGCAGCAUCUGUGUCAGAAUCUCAUUCAAUAGAAGAGGGUCGCACAGACAGUUUCAAAGCAGUUGAGAAAUUUACUUGUAAGACAGAUGUAGAACCUAAAGUACCGGUUCAGUCUUAUCAUGUAGAGGAAAAAGCCAUAUCAACAGAAAGUUGUGUUUCUCUUGAGGCUGCAGAGCAAGACUUUGCAGUUCAGAUUCAAGAAGGUCAAUCUGUAAGGCAUUCAAUACUUAUGGAGGAAAAACAUACUCUGACAGGUGAAAUGUCUCAGGGAUUUACCAGAUCAGAGGCAACUGAAAUAAACAUUACAACUCAGCCACUAGAACCUCUUUUAGUAAGUGAAUCGCAGGAAAGCAAAACUCUUCCAAAGGAGCUUACCUUUCUAAUUCCUGUACCAAAAUCACACAGCUUGGACAUCAGAGAACAGCUGGAAAUGACACUUCGAUGUGCUGUGGCUUGUGAGCAACCUUUGCUUUUGGCAGAUGUAGUGCAAAAUUUAGAAGUCGGGGAAGUAAAGGAGGUCAGGGUGCACAUGGAACCGAAAUACUUGAUGUUCACUUACCUUAUUACAACAGCUGGUCCACCCAUUGAAAUUACAAUUGCCUUCGAGGGUGAAUACCCACAGACAGCAGCUCUUAAAAAUGAGUUUCAUGCUGCUUUCUACUCCAUGCUUAAUCAGGAGAAACCCAUCUUGACCUCUGAACAGUCAAACAUCUUAAAACUUGACAGACCUGAGAGAUUGCAGUUUAGCAAAGCUUCUUCAUAUCCAUUAUCCUCAGCAAUAUUAACAGAAAAUGUUGAAGUGUUUGCAACACCCAAAAUGCAGUCUGCUGCUCUGCAAACAGAAGCUAAAGUCUCUUUGCAAUCUGCAAUGUCUCAAAAGCAAACUGGUAUCCAGGAGUCAAGGCACGAUGUGACUCAGAAGACUGUUGAAUCCAAGAUGGAGAUCCACAGUUUCACUGAGACUGAACACAGGGAAAUUAAAAUUGUUUCAGAUAUUACGGUUGAUGCACCUCACAGGCAGGAAACUGUGGAAGAGCCUAUGGAUGUUCUUAUUCAAGAAGACAAACGAGAGGAGGUUUUAACAGAGGACAUUUGGCCUGAAAAGCUCUUUUUUGAAAUACCAUUAAAAGAUAUUAAUGCAGAGGAGAAUUCCAAGGUUACAUUGUCUGUGAGAAUAAAAGGUGUAAAAAGUGUAAACUGGCUUUUGAAUGGAGUAUUGAUAAAAUCUGGCAAAGAGUUCAAAUGUUUAAAGGAUAAUGACUCUUACACACUCUUAAUCAACAAAGUUAUCAAGAUGAAACAUGAAGGUGAAUAUACCUGCGAGGCUGAGAGUGAAGCUGGCAAGAUAUCAUCGUCAUCAAGGCUCACUGUUGUGUCAAGAGUGCCUCCAGUUUUCAAAAAGAAGAUUUGUGACGUGCAGAGCAACAUUGGUAGCCCAGUGAAGUUUGAAUGUGAAAUUGAAGAGACACCCAAUGUGACCUUCAAGUGGUUCAAGUCUGGCUCAGAGAUUAGACAGAGUGACAAAUUCAGGAUCAUCAGCAGGCAAAGCACAUCAUCUCUAGAGCUCCUCAACCCAACAAAGGAUGACAUUGGUGAAUACAGCUGUCGCGCUUCAAACAAGCAUGGUAGUGACACCUGCUCUGCUAACCUGAGCAUCACUGGACCUGCCCACUUUGUGAAGAAGUUGACAGACCUAUCUAUUCCAAUGAGCAAAAAACUAAGACUUGAAUGUACGUUCACUGGAGCUCCAAAAAUGUUUGUCACUUGGUACAAGGAUGGCAAACAGCUCUAUGCUUCAUAUCGAUACAACACCAAAGUUACAUCAAACUCCUGUAUCCUGGAGUGUCUGCAUGAGUGCAACAAUGAGACUACAGGAAGAUACUCAUGUGAAGUUUCAAAUAUUUAUGGGACGAAUAUAUGUCAUGCUCAAGUAGUGGCAGUUACAGAACCUGCCCGCUUUGUGAAGAAGUUGACAGACCUAUCUAUUCCAAUGAGCAAAAAACUAAGACUUGAAUGCACAUUCACUGGAGCUCCAAAAAUGUUUGUCACUUGGUACAAGGAUGGCAAACAGCUCUACGCUUCAUAUCGAUACAACACCAAAGUUACAUCAAACUCCUGUAUCCUGGAGUGUCUGCAUGAGUGCAACAAUGAGACUACAGGAAGAUACUCGUGUGAAGUUUCAAACGUUUAUGGGACGGAUAUAUGUCAUGCACAAAUAGUAGCAGUUACAGAGCCUGCCCGCUUUGUGAAGAGGUUGACAGACAUGGCUGUCCCACUCAGUCAGAAACUGAGACUUCAGCUUGAAUGCACAUUUACCGGAGCUCCAAAAAUGUUUGUCACUUGGUACAAGGAUGGCAAACAGCUCUAUGCUUCAUAUCGAUACAACACCAAAGUUACAUCAAACUCCUGUAUCCUGGAGUGUCUGCAUGAGUGCAACAAUGAGACUACUGGAAGAUACUCAUGUGAAGUUUCAAAUGUUUAUGGGAUGGAUAUAUGUCAUGCUCAAGUAGUGGCAGUUACAGAGCCUGCCCGCUUUGUGAAGAGGUUGACAGACAUGGCUGUCCCACUCAGUCAGAAACUGAGACUUCAGUGUUCAUUCAAUGGAGCACCGAAGAUGUUUGUCACAUGGUACAAAGAUGGAAAGCAACUGUACGCCUCAUACAGAUACAACACAAGGAUCAUUGAGAACACUUGCAUUUUGGAAUGCCUCCAUGAAUGUAACAAUGAAACACCUGGAAAAUACUCUUGUGAAGUAUCAAAUUCCUUUGGCACUGAUAUCUGUCAUGCCGAUAUAACUACAGUUACAGAACCUGCCUGUUUUGAACAGAAGCUUAAGGACAAAAAAGUUGCCAUGAGUAAAAAACUGAAGCUUGAGUGCACGUUUACUGGAGCUCCUAAAAUCUUUGUCACCUGGUACAAGGACGGCAAACAAAUAUAUGCCUCUUACAGAUAUAAUACUCAAGUUGUUGGAAACACUUGCACUCUAGAAUGUCUACAUGAAUGCACUAAAGACACUCCUGGUAGAUACUCCUGUGAGGUGUCCAAUUCCUAUGGAAGUGAUAUCUGUCAUGCUGAAGUGAACACAGUUUCUGGACCUGCUCGUUUUGUGAAGAAACUCACAAACCAGACUCUUCAAUGGGGACAAAAGUUGAGACUUGAAUGCUCCUUCACAGGAAUUGAAAAACUGUUUGUCACAUGGUACAAGGAUGGCAAACAGGUCUACGCUUCAUAUAGGUGCAACACAAAAGUAAUUGGAAAAACUUGCAUUUUGGAAUAUCAUCAUGAGUGUGAUGAGGAUACUCCUGGAAAAUAUUCUUGUGAGGUUACAAAUGAAGAUGGAUCCGAUAUUUGUCAUGCGCUGGUCACCCUUGCGACAGAGCGCAAAAUUCCACCAACUUUCACUAAGAAACCCUCAGAGCACAUUGAGGAUGCCGGGGGGAAAUUGGUGAAGCUUGAGGGUCGAGUAUCUGGGUCACAGCCUCUAUCUGUAAGCUGGUAUAAAGAUAAUAGAGAAAUCAACACUUCUGACAUCUAUGACAUUUCCUUCAAGAGCAGCACGGCUGUGAUGUGUCUCAAGAAUGCCACAGUCACAGACAGUGGCGUUUAUACAUGCAGCGCUUCUAAUGAAGCGGGCACUGCCUCCUUCAAGGUGGUGGUUAACAUCACAGAGCAAAAAAGGCCACCGACUUUUGACAUUCCCCUUAAACCAGUGACAGUGAGUGAGGGAGAGAGGCUAAACCUUAGCUAUCAUGUCUGCGGGUCUCCCCCAAUGAAGAUUCAGUGGAUGAAGGACAGAAGGGAGGUCACAUCCUCUGCUAGAACCAAGACGAUUUUUGUGGAUGGCACAGCCACCCUGGAGAUAAACCAGACAUCCAAAACUGAUGCAGGAGAUUAUCUGUGCAAGGCAACCAACAGUGCUGGUAGUGAAUUCUCCAAGGCCAAAGUCACAAUCAAAGAUAAAGCAAGUGCAGCACCUGCAACAUCACCGGCAGCCCUCACAGCACCUCAGACAGUUAAAAAACUGGAUAACUUGUUCUUCAUUGAGGAGCCCAAGAGCAUUCAUAUUGUUGAGAAGGGUACAGCUACCUUCAUUGCUAAAGUUGGUGGUGAUCCCAUUCCCAAUGUGAAAUGGAUGAAGGGCAAAUGGAGGCAGAUGACUCAUGGUGGUCGCGUCAACAUUCAACAAAAAGGCCAAGAGGCCAAGUUGGAGAUCAAAGAGGUGACCAAAUCUGACUCUGGUCAGUACAGAUGUGUUGCCUCAAACAAACAUGGAGAAAUUGAGUGCAGCACAGAUUUGAAUGUUAAUGAGAAGAAAGACUCUGGACCAGAGGUGGUCAAACUGAAGAAGACUCCAUCAAAGCAGAAAAGUCCAAAGGAAGACAAAGACAUUGACAUUGUUGAGUUGCUAAGAAAUGUAGAUCCAAAAGAGUAUGAGAAAUAUGCUCGCAUGUAUGGAAUCACAGACUUCCGAGGUCUCCUUCAAGCUAUUGAGUUUCUGAAGAAGGAGAAGGGUGAAGAAAGUGGACAACCGGAAAGUGAACAUGGAAGAGAAUAUGAUGAGGAUUUGGCUAAGCUUGUGUCUGAUUUGCAGAGGAGAAUGGAACACAGUGAACCUGUUACCCUGCUUAAAGACAUCACAGAUCAGACAACGCAAGUUAACAAAGAGGCAGUGUUUGAGUGUGAGAUUAAAAUCAACUAUCCAGAAAUUACACUGUCUUGGUAUAAAGAUACACAGAAGCUAGAAACUAGUGAUAAAUACGACAUUAAACUCGUGGGCGACCGUCAGAUAUUGAAGAUCAAGAACUGUCAGACCAGUGACCAGGGAAAUUACCGUGUCGUUUGUGGGCCACAUAUAUCCAGUGCCAGACUGAUAGUGUUGGAGAGUCAAGUUAAUGUUCAGAAACCAUCACCUGCUGAUCAAAUUCAGUUCACCAAGCGCAUUCAAAAUAUUGUGGUGAAUGAGCAUCAGUCUGCCACUUUUGAGUGCGAGUUGUCUUUUGACAAUGCGGUCGUCACCUGGUAUAAAGAUACAUGGGAGCUUAAAGAGAGCCCGAAAUAUACCUUUAGGUGUGAGGGACGAAGGCACUUUAUGAUAAUCCUUAACGUAACAUCUGACGAUGAAGGUGUGUACUCUGUGAUUGCACGCCUGGAGCCUGUUGGUGAAACUAAAAGUACAGCAGAGCUUUAUCUGUCAGGAAAAGAAUUUGAAAUAAGACCACGUUCUUUUGACGUUCCUGAUACAUCGAUACAUGUGCCAGAUGUGUCAUCUGUGAUUAGUUUAAAAGAUGAAUCCUCAGAAUUUCAUUAUGAAGAGAAGUUUGAAAUAACAGAGUGUCAGAACUGGACAGUUCAAGAGGAGAGUGUUACUUAUGAAUUCUCUUCACUGCAAGAAUUGAAGAAACCUGUUGAGGAGAUUGUAACGAAACAUGUAGUGGAAAGGACAGAGGAGGUGCCUACAAAAGUUAUGAAGCAACCAGAAGAGACAACCGAAACAUCCUUUGUACAGCCUCCAGUUCCUGAGAAAGAACCUGAAGUCAAGAAGCCUGUUGAGGAAAAAGUUCGAACUGUCAAGGUGACAGAGCAAAAAGAACAACCCACAUGCAAAGAGCCUAAACCUCAGGUGCCAGCAGAACCAAAGGCUAAAGUGGCUGAACCAAAGCCUGAACCUAAGUCUGAGCCAAAAGCUCUACCCAAACCUGAGCCCAAGCCUGAGCCAAAAACUCUACCCAAACCUGAGCCCAAGCCUGAGCCAAAAUCUCUACCUAAACCUGAGCCCAAGACUGAGCCAAAAACUCUACCGAAACCUGAGCCCAAGCCUGAGCCAAAAGCUCUACCGAAACCUGAGCCCAAACCUGAACCCAAGCCUGAGCCAAAAGUUACACCAAAGCCUGAGGCUGAACCUAAGCCUGCAGUUGCAAAGAAAGUUGAGGCACCCUCUGUCAAAGCACCUGAAGCUCCAAAAAAAACAGAAGCUGCACCUCAACCAUCCUUAGAUAUUAAAAAAGUUGAGGCUUUAACUCCAAAGCCAGACACUACUCAAAUAAAAGCUUUUGUGGAGAUGAAGGAAAGAGAACCACCAAAAGUAAAGCUAGACAGAAAGCCAGCGCCUGCACAUGCUGCCGCUGAGCCACCAAAGAAAGAAGUCUCUUCACUACUGCCAGAAGAAUCUAACAAAGAUCAUUUGCCUGUCCAGUCUGAGCCAUCAAGUGUAGAGCCAGCUAGUCAGCCUGAAACUACACAAAGCCAGCCUCCUGAGCCAGUUAGAAAACAAGUAGUCAAAGCUCCACCAGAGGUUAUAGUUGAACCAACAAGAAAACAACCUCACCAAGAAGUUUUCAAAGCAGAGUCAGUUGGAAACAUUGAGCCUUUACCCAAAACUUCAGAGUCACCUCAAACAGAUCAAGCUAAAAAGCAAGUGCCAUCAAAGAGUGAACCAACCCCUAAAAUCAGUGAGCCAGCACUUGCUCACAAAAAGGAGGGUCGUCCACAGAAAGUGGUUGAAGUAAAGGCUGCAGAACUACCAUCUGAGAAAAAUCCUGUGACUAAAGCUAAAAUGGAGACUGAGAUUCCCUCAGCCAAAGUCUUUGCAGCGUCUGAGAAGAAAACGGACACAUUUUCUCAUACAGUGGAAUCAACUCAGAAGAUUUCCAUGGAUGAAAUGUUUUUGAAGGAGGAAAUUGUGGAAGAGAGUGAAAGCAUGCCUCAUCAACCAGAGGAAAUUUUGUCUUAUCAAGAUUGUAUUGUAAGGAUGGAUGUUAGUCAUCACAGUAGAGAAUCAGCUGCUGAAGAUGUGAAGAUAAUUGAAACAGAGGUUUCCCAGAAGCCAGAACUUUCUUUUGAGCUAAUAAAAACAAAGGAGAUACCUGAGAUGAAAUGGUCAAAACAAGAAAUGCACAUUGAGAAAAAGGAAUGUAAAUUAGAGAUGUCCAGUGUUGAAACGUCUCCAGAAGAUGUGGUAGAAGUUGGCAUUGAGGCACCACAGAAAAGGCAAGAAUUUAUAUCAGAUAAAAAGAAAACAACUAAAGAUAUGCCUCUACAAAAGAGAGAUGAUACCCCUAGAAAAGAGAUGGCCAUUCAGAGAGAAAUAGAUGUUCACAAGAAAGAGUCUAUUCACUUACAGCAGUCUGUUCAUGAAAACAAGAGACUACAUGAGGAAACCCCUCAGAAAUCACCAGAGAUAACACCAAUAGUAAAACCAGAAGAAAAUGGAACUAUAUUAAAGGAAGUCCAUAAAGCACUUGAAAGAGACGAGAAGACCCAGGCUGUUGCAACUCCUGUGUCAGAAGUUGUUUCUCCUACAAAAGAACCAGAAAUAGUGAAGAAACCUGAACCAGAAGUCCCAAAACCAACUGUGGCUUCAGCUGAACAGAAAAUACCACCUCCAUCAAAAGAGCCAACUGUUGAAAGGAAACCAUCACCUGAGGCACCAAAGCCAAGUGUGGCUCCAGUUGAACGGAAAAUAUUGCCUCUUUCAAAAGAGUCAGCUGUUGAAAAGAAACCAGCUCCUGAAGUACCAAAGCCAACUGUGGCUCCAGUAGAACAGAAAAUAGUAUCUCCUCCAAAAGAGCCUACUGUUGAAAAGAAACCAUCUCCUGUGGCACCAGAGCCAACAGCAGCUACAAAAGAACAGAGAGUCUCUCCUCCCACAGAUGCAGAUAAGGGCCCUGUUACAGCUCCUGGACCUGCUGGCAAAGAAACAACUAGCACCACACAAGCACUUCUUAAACAAAAGAGUAAAAUUCACAUCAAGGAAGAGGAAAAACUGGAAAUGCCAACCAUAACGAAAGUAACCAGAAGAUCAAAAGAACAUCAGGAAGAUCAUGAAGUUAUAUCACUUAAGAAAGUAAACAAGAUUCAGUGUGAAGAACCACCAACAGAUGAGGGGCCACUUCUCCAGAAAGUUGAGAAAGCUGAAAUAGUUGGAGAGGAGAUGGUGUAUUCAAAGGCUGUUACUGAAAUCAAACUCACCAGCAACUAUGAAGUCACAGAAGAUACUUGGUCAUAUGAAACCGCUAAAAAAACAAAUAAAAUAUCUAAAGAGGAGGGAAAGAAGACUGAACAAUACAAGGAUGUGAUGAAGAAGAAAGAGAUUACUACUGAAAUAGGUGGAGAAGUAGAAAAUAAGGGUAAACAAGGAAGUAAAAUUCCAGUGGAAGAUGAACCUAAGAUACCUCAGAAAAAGGUAACUAAGGCAAUAUCAACUGAGAAAGAACAGGAAACUGUAAAAUUAAAACCUGCCGAGAAAUUAGACAAAGCUGUUGUAGGACCCCAGAAAGACAGCAACAUAUACAGCAGCAGUGAUAGUAUUGGUGUCCAAAAACACGAAAGGCUUAUAAAGGAUGAGCCUGUUUCAAAAAAAGAAAUAUAUGUGACACCUACAGAUCAAAAAACUAAAGAACCCAUAAUUCCAAAACCUGUUGUGGCUAAAGAUGAAAUCUCCAAAGAACCUGAGAAAUUUCCAAAGAAAGCAAAGAGAAUUCUACAACAGGUUGAGGAGCCAGAAACUGUUACACUAAAACCAUUUUCCAAAGAAUCUCAUGCUGAUGUAACUGCUGAAAUGGUUCCUCAAGAGCAAACUGAGAAAAAGCCUGUAGACAUUAAGCAUCCAGAGAGACCGGAAACAACACAUAUCCUGAAGGAACCUCACAUCCAGGUAAAAGAACCAGGAAAAAGUGAAAAAAUAUAUGAAGAGGCUAAAGAGAUCGAAAAGCUAGAGUCACCCCAUGAGUAUCAGCUCAUGAAGAGUACUACUACUCCAGAAAAGACACAGGAAGGUCCCAAAGAAGAGGGGAAGGGAAUAGCUAAAAAACACAAAAUGAUUUCAAUGGAUAAAACAAAAAAAGAAGAGGUAUCGUUGAAACCUAUAAAAGGACAAAUAAUUGCAGAGAAAACUCCUUCACCAAAGGUAGAUAAACCUAGUCCUCAAGUCACUCCACUGACUAAAAAGAUUCUAAAAGAGGAUGAUAAACCAGAAAUGGCAAAAAAAAUUGGUCUUUCACCAAAGGAAAUUCAGAGAGAAGAGGAAAUAUCACUGAAGCCUAUAGAACCUGCAGAGCUAAAAAAGACUCCUUCACCAAAAGUAGAGACACAAAAACCUAAACCCACUGAAUCCGUUCCAAUGGAAAGAAAGUCUAGUGCAAAAUCACCCAAGAAGAUUUCACCAAAAGGUUCACUUGAGUCUGUAAUUCUGAAGAAGGUCUCAAAGACAGUCUCCCCCAAAGAAGAAAAGACUACUCAGGAACCUCCUUUAAAAACUACUGAAGACAAACUGCCAAUGGUAAAGGAGUUGUCUCCUAGUCUUCUGCAUCUACAAAAGAUUCCUACACAGCAAGAGGAGAUAGUAUAUGAGCAUGAGCAGGAGGUGGUGGAUGGUGAAGAAGAAGAAACUUGGGGAUGGGAACUUGCUCCUAGGGACAGUUAUGGAUCCGAAACCUUUGAUGACGCCUUGGAGGAUGGAGCUGUUGAAACCCCAGGAAUGGGUGACAAGAAAGAUGGAAAACCAAAGGAGGAACCAGCUCCAGGCAGAGGCAGAGGACUAAGACCAAGACAAACUCCAUCUCCUGGUGAUGCUGGAAGGGGUAGAGGGCUGAAACCUGGUGGUGGAGGUGACAAGCCUCCAGGAGAAUCACCAUUUGGUUUCCAACUCAAAGCCGUCCCCUUGAAGUUUGUGAAGGAGCUCCAGGACAUUGUGUUGCAGGAGGCUGAGUCCAUUGGCUCCUCUGCUGUAUUUGAGUGCCAAAUCUCUCCAUCUACUGCUAUCACCACCUGGAUGAAAGAUGGAAGCAAUAUAAGGGAGAGUCCAAAGCACAAAUUCACAUCUGAUGGCAAAGACCGCAAACUGCAAAUCAUUGAUGUACAGCUUUCAGACACUGGGGAGUACACAUGUGUUGCAAAGCUUGGCAACAAGGAGAAGACCUCAACAGCUAAACUUGUUGUAGAAGAAUUACCUGUGAAAUUCACAAAGAAUCUGGAAGAAGAGACCUCCGUGUUCAAGGGGCAGCCAAUGUAUUUGACCUGUGAGUUGAACAAGGACAGAGAUGUGGUCUGGAAGAAGAAUGGACAAGAGAUAAAGGAAAUUCCUGGCAAAAUUCAAAUCAAUGUUAUUGGGCUACAGCGUACCAUCACAAUCCAGGACGCGAACGAUGAUGAUGCUGGUGUUUACACAUGCGAGUGGGAAAACAUCAAAACUCAAACUAAUGUCAAGGUUAUUGAAAUCAUUAGAGACUGGUUAGUGAAACCUUUGCGGGACCAGCAUGUGAAGCCCAAGGCCACUGCUACAUUCAAAGGCGAGCUCUUCAAGGACACCCCUAACUGGAAGUGGUACAAGGGUAACGAUGAAAUCCCUAAUGAGCCUACAGAUAAGACUGAGGUGAAGAAGGAGGGUAAAGAUAUCACUCUUACAAUUAAAAAUGCCCAGCCUGAUGACGUUGCUGAGUACACUGUGGAGGUUGAAGGCCGCAGAUAUGCAGCAAAACUAACACUUGGAGAACGUGAAGCGGAGAUCUUGAAGCCUCUUGCUAGUGUGGAGGUGGUUGAGAAAACGGAGGCCAACUUUGAUACUGAAAUUUCAGAAGAUGAUGUGCCUGGAGAAUGGAAACUUAGAGGGCAGGUUCUGACAAGAUCACCGACAUGUGACAUCAGAUCUGAGGGAACAAAACGAUUCCUUACUAUCAAAAACGUUCAGCUUGAUCAGUCUGGAGAAGUUACAUACCAAGCUCUGAAUGCUGUGACAAGUGCUAUGCUUACAGUAAAAGAGUUGGAAAUGGAGUUCACAGUACCUUUGAAAGACGUUACUGUGCAUGAAAAGAAACAGGCAAAGUUUGAGUGCUCCGUCAAUAAGGAUGUGCCUAAAGUGAUUUGGUUUAAGGGUUCUGAUAUUGUUACACAAGGAAAUAAGUAUGAAAUCAUUGAUGACGGAAAGAAACACAUACUCAUUAUAAAUAACUGUGGCUUUGAGGAUGAGGGUGAAUACAGUAUUGAGGUCUUGGGCAAAUCAUCAAAAGCAAAACUGAUGGUAGAGGGUAUGAGGCUGAACUUCACCUCAACAUUAAAGGACCUAACUGUGAAGGAAGGUAAAACAGCUGUAUUUGAGCUUGAACUCUCUCAUGAGAAUGUUGCCGUGACGUGGUACAAAAAUGAAAUAAAAGUGCACCCAAGCAGAACCGUGUUCACCAGCGUGGUGGGAAAGAAACAUACACUAGAAAUUAAGGAAGUAUCACUAGAUGAUACUUGCCUGAUAAAAGCAGAGGCUAAAGGAAUAUCUACAAUGGCUAAGCUGCUGGUAAUAGAGGGUGAUGCAUUUUUCACCUCCAAGUUACAAGAUUACACCGCAGUUGAGAAAGAUGAAGUCACAUUUGACUGCGAGCUCAGUAGAGAUGCUCCUGUGAAAUGGUUCAAGAAUGAAAUUGAAAUUAAAGCCUCCAAGAUGAUUACUAUGAAAGUUGAAGGCAAACGGAGAAUCCUCAAUCUUAAGAAAGUUGAGAACAAAGAUAAAGGAUUAUAUGUUUGCGACUGUGGAACAGACAAGACUUCGGCCAACUUGAACAUUGAAGCUCGUGACAUCAAAGUGGUGCGACCAUUGUAUGGUGUUGAGCUCUUUGAUGGUGAGACAGCUCGUUUUGAGGUGGAAAUCUCUGAAGAUGAUGUCCAUGGCCAGUGGAAACUGAAGGGCGAAGUCUUAUCCUCGUCACCUGAUGUUGAGAUUAUUGAGGAUGGUGCAAAACACACAUUAACACUCUACAACUGCAAAGUUUCCCAAUCUGGAGAGGUGGUCUUCCAGGGAGCGAAUGCUAAGUGUUCUGCAAAUCUUAAAGUGAAAGAUUUGCCCAUUUCUUUUGUCAUGCCUUUGAGCGAUGUACAAGUCUAUGAGAAAGAUGAUGCAAGAUUUGAAAUUGAAAUGUCAAGAGAGGCUAAGGCCGUCCGUUGGCUAAAGGGAUCUCAGGAGUUGAAGGCUGAUGAAAAGUUUGAAAUCCUCGCAGAAGGGAAAAGACACAUUCUGGUGGUCAGAUCUGCUGCCUAUGAGGAUGAGGCUAAGUACAUGUUUGAGGCUGAGGACAAGAGGACAUCUGCCAAACUUGUUAUUCAGGGUAUCCGUCUUGAGUUUUUCAGACCCAUUAAAGAUGUCACUGUUAAAGAGCGUGAGACUGCAGAAUUCAGCAUUGAGCUCUCUCAUGAGAAGAUACAAGUCACCUGGUACAAGAAUGAGAUGCGUUUGCAUCCAAGUAAAGUGGUACACAUGUCCGAGGAUGGCAAAACCCAUACUCUGUCCUUCAAAGAGGUGUCUAUUGAUGACACUUCUCUAAUUAAAGUUGAGGCCCUUGGGAAAACCUGUGAGGCAAUGCUCACUGUACUUGAGGGAGAACCUUACUUUACUACCAAGUUGCAGGACUACACUGCAGUUGAGAAGGAUGAGGUUGUCCUGAUGUGUGAAGUGAGCAAAUCAUCUGCUCAGGUGAAAUGGUUCAAAGACGGCAAGGAGAUCACUCCCUCUAAGAACGUCCUCAUCAAGGCUGAUGGAAAGAAACUUAUCUUGACAGUGAAGAAGGCAGAGAAGGCCAACAUUGGUGAAUAUGUAUGUGACUGCGGCUCUGACAAAACAGCAGCCAAGCUUAACAUUGAAGAACGUGAUAUUAAGAUUAUCCGUCCACUGUACAGUGUGGAGGUCACAGAGACAGAGACUGCUCGCUUUGAGACAGAAAUCACUGAGGAGGAUGUUCAUGGUAACUGGAAACUCAAAGGAGAGGCCCUGCACCAGUCUGCUGACUGUGAGAUUAAGGAGGAAGGCACCAAGCACAUGCUUAUUCUUUACAAUGUUCACAUGGAUAUGGCUGGUGGUGUGGACUUCAGUGCUGCUAAUGCUAAAUCAAGUGCUCAGCUCAGAGUUAAAGCACGCACAAUUGGCCUCCUGCGACCUCUUCGGGAUGUCACUGUCACUGCUGGAGAGACUGCCACCUUUGACUGUGAGCUCUCAUAUGAAGAUAUUCCAGUUGAAUGGUUCGUUGGCUCAACAAAGAUGGAGCCAAAUGAUAGGCCACCAGUUGAGUUCACCAAGCCCUUGGAGGACCAGACUGUUGAGGAGGAAGCCACAGCCAUUCUGGAGUGUGAACUGUCCAGGGAGAAGGCUGAUGUGAAGUGGUUCAGAGACGGACAGGAAAUUCGUAAAACCAAGAAGUAUGAGAUGGUGGCUGAGGGACGCAUAAGGAGACUGAUCAUCAAGGACUGUAGCCUUGAUGAUUCCAAGACAUAUACCUGUGAUGCAAAGGAGUUCAAGACAUCUGCUUUCUUAAAUGUUGAACCUCCAUUUGUGGAAUUCACUAAGCCUCUUCAUGAUAUUGAGGUUAAGGAGAAGGAAUCUGCUAAGUUUGAAUGCGAAGUGUCCCGUGAAAGUGCCAAGGUCCGCUGGUUUAAAGAUGGUGCUGAGAUCAGAAAAGGCAAAAAGUAUGAGAUUAUUGCCAAGGGAUUGCAGCGUAUUCUCAUCAUCAGCAAGGCAGUAUUUGAUGAUGAAGCAGAAUAUGAAUGUGAUGCAAGGACGUCCAAAUCCUCUGGAAUGCUGACAGUUGUCGAGGAGGAAGCUAGAUUCACAAAGAACCUGUCCAAUGUUGACGGCACGGAAACCGACAGCAUUAAGAUGAUUUGUGAGGUCUCCAAACCCAGUGCGGAGGUUACGUGGUACAAGGGUGACCAGGAGAUUCCCGAGGGUGGUAGAUAUGAACAUGUUGCAGAUGGGAGAAAGAGAAUUCUCAUCAUACAGGACCUCCGUAUGGAUGAUGCUGGCGAGUACCAGUGCAAACUGCCUGCUUCAGAAACAAAAGGAACUCUAAAGAUCAGUGAAUUGGCAGCUGAGUUCAUUGCCAGGCCCCAAAACCAAGAGGCUGUUGAGGGCGAAAAGGCUGAGUUUGUUUGCUCAGUGUCUAAGGAAAAUUAUGAAGUCAAAUGGUUCAAAGGAGACAAAGAACUUACAACUGAUGAUAAGUAUGAAAUUAUCAGUGAUGGCAAGAGGAGAGCACUCAUUGUCAAAAACUGCGAGCUAAAAGAUGAGGGUGCAUUCACUGCCCACAUUGGCUCUGUAAAGGCUUCAGCAGACUUGUUGGUGAUUGAAAAACUGAGGAUAAUCACUCCCAUCAAGGAUACCCAAGUAAAGGAAGGACAAGAGAUUGUUCUUAACUGCGAGGUGAACUCAGAGGGAGCUAAAGCCAAAUGGCUGAAGAACAAUGAGACGAUGUUUGAGAGCAGCAAGUUUGUCAUGGUUCAGAGAGACACUGUGUUCUCUCUGAGAAUAAAAGCUGCAGAAAAGUCCGAUGAAGCCAGCUAUACCAUUACACUGACUAACCAACGCGGAGAGCAGGCCAAGUGCUCUGCUAAUGUCAAUGUACUAGAGGAAGCCCUCAAGAUCAUUGUGCCACUAGAGGACUGUGAAAUAGAGGAAAAGAAGACCAUGACUUUUACUUGCAAAGUGAACAGACCAAAUGUGACAGUCCAGUGGAUGAGGGCCGGUCAAGAGAUCACUUUCAGCAAACGUAUUCUGUAUCGUGUGGACAAGGACAAGCACACUCUGACCAUUAAGGACUGCAGUCUUGCAGACGAGGGUGAAUACAGUGUAGUUGCUGGUGUUGAUAAGUCCACAGCAGAACUGAUCAUCAGUGAGGCACCCGCUGACUUCACCGCUCAACUCAGAGACCAAACCAUCACUGAGUUUGAGGAUGCUGAGUUCACUUGCAAAUUGUCUAAGGAAAAAGCCCACGUUAAAUGGUACAGGAACGGACGUGAAAUCAGAGAAGGACCAAGAUAUCAUAUGGAAAAAGAUGAAAAAGAAUGCAAGCUUGUAAUCAAAGAGUGCAGACCAGAUGAUGAAUGCGAAUAUGCCUGUGGAGUGGAAGACAAAAGGACAAGGGCACGUCUCUUUGUUGAAGAGAUUCCAGUAGAAAUUGUCAGGCCACCCACAGAUGUAUUUGAGCCUCCAGCAUCAGAUAUUGUGUUUGAGGCUGAACUAAAUAAGGACAGAGUUGAGAUCAAAUGGAUGAGGAACAACAUGAUCAUUGUCCAGGGUGACAAAUACCAGAUGAUCAGUGAGGGCAAAGUUCAUAGACUGCAGGUCUGUGAGAUCAGACCCCGUGAUCAGGGAGAAUACAGGAUUGUUGCCAAGGAAAAGGAUGCCAGAGCCAAGCUUGAGCUUGCAGCUAUUCCAAAGAUCAAGACUACAGAUCAGAACCUUGUAACAGAUGCUGGAAAGCCUUUCGUCAUGACGGUUCCCUAUGAUGCUUAUCCUCGUGCUGAGGCGGAAUGGUUUUACAAUGACAUCAGCCUUCCUGGGCAAAACAUUGACACAUCCAAUGAACGGACAGAGUACAGGCUGAAGGACCCUAAGAAGUCAGACCAGGGUCGUUACAAGAUUGUCAUCAAGAACAAACAUGGAACAGGAGAGGCUUUCAUUAAUCUUGAUGUCAUUGAUGUUCCGGGACCUGUAAAGAACCUGCAUGUUGUUGACACUGCUGAUGGUGAGGUCAGCCUUGCUUGGGAGGAACCAGAAAGUGAUGGUGGAAGCAAGAUCUUGGCUUAUGUGGUUGAGAGACGAGAUGUCAAACGCAAGACCUGGACAAUGGCCACAGACCGUGCUGACAUUCCAGAGUACUGUGUUGGUGGAUUGCAGAGGGACAACAAGUAUUUCUUCCGUGUAUGUGCUCGCAAUAGAGUUGGAAAUGGCGAGCUUGUUACUACUGAUGAGGCAGUUCAAGCCAAAAACAAAUUUGAUGUGCCUGAUGCCCCUCAGAAGGUUAUUGUUGGAGUUGUCAAUAGGUUUGGUGCCACAGUUUCCUGGGAACCACCACUUUUUGAUGGAGGAUCUGAGAUCACAUCUUAUAUCAUUGAACUACGUGACAGAACGUCUGUGAAAUGGGAGCCUGCUAUGGUGGUCAAAGCUGAGGAUCACACAGCCACACUCAAUGAUGUUGUCGAAAACAAAGAGUACAUCUUUAGGGUCAGAGCUGAGAACAAAGCUGGAAUUGGCCAGCCAAGCGCUGCCACAGAUCCAGUGAAGAUCAUGGAUCCCAUUGAGAGGCCAAGUCCACCUCUGAACUUCAGCUACACAAAUCAGACCAAAGACUCAGUUCAGCUGUCAUGGGAGACACCAAUUAGCAAUGGAGGCAGUAUGAUUACGGGCUACAUCAUUGAGAAGUGUGAAGAUGGUACUGACAAGUGGUGGAGAUGUAACGCUAGGCUUUGCCCUGACCUUUACUACAGGGUUUCUGGACUGAAGUUUGGUCAGAAGUAUCACUACAGAGUAUGUGCAGAAAAUGCUGCUGGCGUUUCUGAUCCAGCUGAUGCAAUUGGGUCACUUUUGGCCGAUGAUCCUCACGUGGGUCCCACAAUGGACCUCAGUGGAUUUAAAAAUGGUCUGGAGGUCAUUGUUCCCAAUGCUCUUGUCAUCCGAGUUCCCAUUACGGGAUAUCCUGUCCCCAAACCCAAGUGGACAUUUGGUGACAAAGAGUUCACUGCAGGAGACCGUGUUUCCAUGGUUACGAGGCCUACAUACACCGAACUGGUUGUUGCUCCAAGUGUGCGUCCAGACAAAGGAACAUACACAUUACAACUGGAGAAUGAUGUGACAACUGUCUCUGGAGAGAUUGAAGUCAAUGUUAUUGCAUGUCCAAGUGCACCCAAAGACUUCAAAGUUGCAGAGGUGACCAGACAUCAUGUGCAUCUAAUGUGGGAAGCACCAGAGCAUGAUGGAGGCAGCCCUGUAAGUGGGUACAAUAUUGAGAAAAGAGAGGUUUCCCGCAAGACCUGGGUCAAGGUGAUGUCAGGUGUACAGGACCUCGAGUACACCAUCACAGAUGUCAUUGAGGGCAAGGAGUACUUGUUCAGUGUUAUUGCUUGCAACAAAUGUGGACCAGGAGAGCCAGCAUACAUUGAUGAACCCGUGAAUGUGUCCUCCCCAGCCACUGUCCCUGACCCUCCUGAGAACCUGAAAUGGAGAGACAAAUCAGCGAAGAACAUCUUCCUGCUCUGGGAACCUCCCAGAUAUGAUGGUGGUGCUGCUAUCAAGGGCUACAUUGUUGAUAAAUGCCAGCGUGGCACUGACAAAUGGGAAGCCUGUGGAGAUCCCAUACCUGAGCUUAAGUUCCAGGUGACUGGUCUUAUUGAAGGUCAGUGGUAUGCCUAUCGUGUGAGAGCAGUGAACAGACUUGGAGCCAGCCGACCAUGCAAGGCUACAGAUGAGAUCCUGGCUGUAGAUCCUAAAGAGCCACCAGAAAUCCAGCUGGAUGUGAAGCUUCUAGCAGGCUUAACUGCUAGGGCUGGCUCUAAGAUUGACUUGCCAGCUGAUGUGCUUGGCAAGCCGGAGCCAAGAGUAAAAUGGACAAAGGCUGACCUUGUCCUGAAACCAGAUGAUAGGAUUACUAUCGACACAAAACCUGGCCAUUCCACACUUUCCAUUGCAAACACAACCAGAUCUGACACGGCCACCUAUAUCAUUGAGGCAGUCAACACUAGUGGCCGUGCCACUGCAACUGUUGAUGUCAACAUUCUUGACAAACCUGGCCCUCCGGCUGCUUUUGAUAUCUCUGAAAUCACCAAUGAAUCCUGCUGUCUGGCCUGGAAUGCUCCCAGAGAUGAUGGUGGCUCCCCAGUAACCAAUUACAUUGUAGAGAUGAGACCCACAGAUAAAGAAGAGUGGCAGAAACUGUCUGCUACAAUCAAACAAACUGCUUUCAAAGCCUCCAAACUGGUUCCUAUGAAAGAGUAUAUCUUUAGAGUGUCUGCUGAGAACCAGUAUGGCAUUGGGACUCCUGCAGAGCAUGUGCCUAUUGUUGCAAAGUAUUCAUUUGAUACCCCUGGGUCACCAACCAGGGUUCAGCCUUCUGAUAUCACAAAGGAUGCUGUAACUCUGACUUGGUUUGAGCCUGAUGAAGAUGGUGGAAGCCCCAUCACUGGUUACUGGGUUGAGAGGUUUGAUCCUGAGACUGACAAAUGGAUCAGGUGUAACAAGCUGCCAGUUAAGGACACAUCGUACAGGGUGAAAGGUUUGCCAACAAAGAAGAAGUACAGGUUCCGUGUUUUGGCUGAGAAUCUUGCAGGACCAGGAAAGCCAAGUGCUGAGACUGACCCAGUUUUGAUUAAAGAUCCAAUUGAUCCUCCUUGGGCCCCUGGGAAACCAUUCAUCAAAGACAUUGCCAAGACUUCAGCACACCUGCAGUGGACCAGACCUGAGCAUGAUGGCAGCGCUAAGAUUGAGUCCUACAUAAUUGAGCUUCAAAAGAGUGGAACUGAGGAAUGGGUUCGUGUAGCUGAGGAUGUGCCAACAACAGAGCAUUUAUUGAAGGGUCUGAUGGAGAAGCAGGAGUAUUCUUUUAGAGUCAAGGCCGUCAAUGUUGCUGGAGAGAGUGAACCCAGUGAUCCAAGUGACCCUGUUGUCUGCAAAGAGAGACUUUAUCCUCCAAAUGUUCCACGCUGGCUUGAGGUGGUUAACAUUACUAAAAUCAACUGUGACCUGAAAUGGACUGAACCAGAUAGUGAUGGUGGCUCUCCGAUCACCAACUAUGUUGUUGAGAAGAGGGACGUCAGACGCAGGGCCUGGCAGCCUGUGGAUACCACAGUGAAAGAAACCAAGUAUGCUGUCACUCCACUGAAUGAAGGCUCUCUUUAUGUGUUCCGUGUUGCUGCUGAGAAUGCAGUUGGUGUAAGCGAGUUUUGUGAACUAGAGGACUCUGUUUUGGCCAAGGAUACUUUCACAAACCCUGGACCACCCUACGCUUUGACUGUUGUUGAGGUGUCCAAGAGACAUGUUGACCUGAAAUGGGAACCACCCAGCAGUGAUGGUGGAAGACCCAUAACCAAGUAUGUUAUUGAGAAGAAAGAGAAGGUAGGCACACGCUGGGUAAAGUCUGGAAAGACAUCUGGCCCUGAAUGCAAGUACAGGGUGACUGAUGUUGAUGAAGGCUCUGAGGUACAGUUCCAGGUCCGUGCUGAGAAUGAAGCUGGAGUUGGCCACCCAAGUGAACCUACUGUUAUCAUGACCAUUGAGGAUCCCAUAAGUCCACCUUCUCCUCCACUUAUAGUCAAGAUUGUUGAUGCCAGCAGAGAGCACAUCAACAUUACAUGGAAAGCUCCAGAAAAGAAUGGCGGAAGUCCAGUCACAGGCUACCAUGUUGAGCUGUCGGAAGCUGGAACUGAGAAGUGGAUGAGGAUUAAUGCUCGUCCUGUCAAAGAGCUCAGGUUUAUGGCUGAGGAAGGCAUCAUUCCUGAGAAAAAAUAUGUUCUGAGAGUUCGUGCUAUCAAUGCGAUUGGAGUCAGUGAUCCCUCUGAAAUUUCAGAUGGUGUCUUUGCUAAAGACCCUGACUGUGCACCAACCAUGGAUCUCAAGACCCAAGACAUUGUAAUUGUUGAGGGUGAGAAGAUGGACGUAAAAAUCCCAUACAGAGCAAUACCAAAACCAUCAAUGGUCUGGAAAAAGGGUGACACUGAAUUAAAGACUGAAGACAGACUGACGUUGACAUGUGAACUCAAUCGUGUUCACCUGGAGCUUCUCAAGUGUAAACACGAAGAUGCUGGCGAGUACACUGUUACUCUUGAGAACAGUCUGGGUUCAGUAACUGGCACAAUCAACGUAAAAGUGAUCGGCCUGCCUGGACAAUGUAAGGACAUCUCUUCCAGUGAGGUCACCAAGGACUCUUGCAAGAUCUCUUGGGAGCCUCCAGAGAGUGAUGGUGGUAGCCCGAUCUUGCACUAUGUUCUAGAGCGUAGGGAAGCUCAGAAGAAGACAUUUUUACCUGUGAUAUCUGGAGACAAUGUUUUAAGUUUUGUGGUCAAAGAUCUUAUGCUCAAUGGUGAAUAUUACUUCAGAGUGAAGGCUGUCAACAAGAUUGGUAGUGGCGAGUUUCUUGAACUCCGUAAUCCUGUCAUAACAGAAGAACAAAAACAACGCCCAGACCCACCAAUUGAGGUUGAAGGACACAAUCCCACCUCAAAUUCGAUCACUGUUACUUGGAUGGCUCCACCAUAUGAUGGUGGAUGCCCAAUCACAGGGUACAUUCUUGAGAAGAUUGAAAAAGAUGGUGACAGAUUUGAAAGAUGCAUUCCAAAUCUGGUACCUGGUUUCUCCUACACUGUUACUGGCUUGACGGAAGGAAAGGAAUACCAGUUCCGUGUCCGUGCAGAGAACAUUGCAGGAGAAAGUGACCCAUCUCGCAGUACACCAUUGAUUAAGGCUGCUGAUCCUGUUGAACCACCAAAGGUAUCACUCCAUGCCCGUAUUGCAUCUGGCCUCAGUAUCAAAAAGGGCGAGGAGAUUAGAUUGGAUACUUACAUAUCUGGAUCUCCCUACCCAACUGUUACAUGGCUUAGAAAUGAUGAGAAUGUGAGGCAGCCACCAGCUAAGAAAAAAACAGAAAUUGUGAAAAAGAAGAAAAAGAAGUCUGUUCAGCCUGAACCUGAAGAAGAAUUCCAUCCACCACUUUUAGAUCGCCUGUCAUUCGACCAGAGCAAAAGGAGUGAAACUGCUUUGAUGGUGCGUGAUGCCAUCAGAACUGACCAUGGAAUUUUCACUAUCAGAGUUGAGAAUCCCCAUGGUUUUGCAACAGCGUCGUGUGAAGUCAAUGUUCUUGAUAAGCCUGGCCCCCCUGUUAACUUUGGAUUUGAUGAGAUCAGGAACACCUCUGUUGUUUGCAUGUGGGAUGCACCUCUUGAUGAUGGUGGCAGUGAGAUCAUCAACUACAUACUGGAAAAGAAAGACAACACUACUGAUGAGAUUGGUUGGGUAACUGUGACCUCGACCCACAAGGGAUACAAUUACCCUGUAACCAAGCUUAUUGAAGGAAAGGAGUACAUCUUCAGAGUCACAGCCGAAAACAAGUUUGGCUGUGGACAUCCAUGCUACUCUGAACCACUUAUUGCGAAGAAUCAGUUUGAACCACCUGAUGCUCCCAACAUGCCUAGAAUUGGAGAGGUCACCUCCAGCACAGCUACUCUCAGCUGGCAUGAGCCAAAGGACAAUGGUAGCCCUAUCUUGGGCUAUUGGGUUGAGAGACGUGAAGUCAACAGCAAAUAUUGGACCAGAGUGAACAACAAUCUUCUUAAUGCAUUGUCGGUUAAGGUUGAGGGCCUUAUGGAAGGCCUUGUUUACAUAUUCAGGGUCUGUGCUGAAAAUCUUGCUGGCCCGGGAGAAUUCAGUCCACCAACUGACCCUCAGACUGCAAUGGAUGCAAUCUUACCACCUGGCCCUCCUGCACCAAAAAUGGUUGAUGUCACAAAUACAACUAUCGAUAUCAGUUGGGUACCUCCAUUGUACAAUGGUGGUGGAGAAAUCCUUGGAUAUCAUGUUGAGCGCUGUCUGGUUGGAGAGAAAGAGUGGGUCCGCUGCACUGAGUUUAGAUGCAAAGACCGCAAAUACACUGUGACUGGACUGACUGAGGGAGCAGAUUAUUACCUUCGUGUGUACGCUGUAAAUGAAGCAGGUCAUGGUGCCCCAGGCAUGACUGAACCUGUUCAGGCCAAAGAACCUGAAGAGGCCCCAGGGGUUGAGUUUGAUGUCUCUGUAAGGAAUGGAGUCAUCAUUAGAGCUGGAGAAACGUUGCGUCUCCCUGCUGUUGUUACUGGUCGCCCUGUACCAGAAGUUAAGUGGACAAAAGAUGAUGCAGAGCCAGACAAGGAACACAUAGUUAUUGAGACAGAAGGAAAAAACAGCAGUUUAACCAUCAAAAAUGCUUUGAGAACUGACCAUGGCAUAUACCAGAUCACAGGUACCAACCCCAGCGGAACAAAGUCUGCCUCCGUUAAGGUGGAUGUGAUGGAUGUUCCCGGACCAGUGGUUGACCUUAAGACAGUUCAUGUGACCAAGAAGAUGAUUUCACUCACCUGGUCAGAUCCCCUGGAUAAUGGUGGAAGUGACAUCAUGGGCUAUGUUGUUGAAAGAAAAGAUGCCAAAAUGCACAUUUACAGACAACCCUUAGAAGUUGCUGCUUGCAAAUGUGACAUUGUUGGUCUUCUUGAUGGAGAAGAAUAUAUGUUCCGUGUAGUUGCAAGGAACAAGUAUGGCCUUGGUGCUCCUGUUGACUUUGGACCUGUUUUAGCAGUGGAUCCCAAAGGAGUUCCAUCUGCCCCAGAGAAAUUGCACUAUACGGAAAGGACCAAGAACACUAUUACUUUGACUUGGGAACCUCCCCGUAGCGAUGGUGGUUCUCCAAUCAGAGGCUACUAUGUUGAAAAGAUGAGACAAGACAGCAACGAAUUUGAUGUUGCCAAUCGGCAACUCUGCAAAGACCUCACCAUCACUCUGGAAAGUCUCUCUGAGAACAUGAUGUAUGACUUCAGAGUCAAAGCUGUCAAUGAGGUUGGAGAUGGAGAACCAUCCAAACCAAUCAGUGUCAAUAUUCAGGAUGAUGAACAUUCACCAACUGUUAAGUGGUUGAAAUUCUUUAAGAGUGAUGCCAUUAUUGUCAAGAAGGGAGCAGCUAUUGAAAUUCCUGCUGAAAUUCUUGGCCUACCCUUGCCUACCUUUGAGUGGACAAAGAAUGGAGUAGUUAUUGACCAACCUACUGAGACAAUGACAUUGGAAUCAGAGGAGAUUAACAGGCAAACUAUCAAUACCAAAAUUGGUAUUCCUGAAACUGUAAGACAAGAUACAGGCAUUUACAAGUUAACUGCCACAAAUACCCGUGGAGUAGGUCAACGGACAAUACGAGUGGAUAUCUUGGAUCGCCCAUUGGCACCAAGAAACAUUGUGGUGUCUGACAUCAAAGCUGAGUCUUGCUACCUAACCUGGGAUGCUCCAGAGGACAAUGGUGGAAGUGACCUCACUAACUACAUCAUUGAGAAGAGAGAUGCCAGCAAAAAGAAGUCUGACUGGGAACAGUUGACAUGCUGCAUCAUAGACAGACGUUAUGGGGUGUACAAGUUGGAGGCCUAUGGUACCUACCAGUUUCAGAUCAAAGCUGAGAACAAGUACGGGGUCAGUGAUGGUUGUGAAUCAGAAAAGGUUGUACUCAAAGAUCCAUUUGGUCUUCCUGGGCCUCCCCAGAGACCAAGGAUUAUUGGUCACACUUGCUCAUCCAUGUUGGUCACUUGGGAGCCUCCAAAAGACAAUGGUGGCGCAACCAUUCAAGGCUACUGGCUUGAAAAGAGAGAGAGAGGAGCUGUGUACUGGAGUCGUGUUAACAGGGCUCCAGUAACAAAACCAGCAGUCAAGGGCCUGGAAUACAGUGUGCUCCACCUUAUUGAGGGUGCCGAGUACCAGUUCCGUGUAAUGGCUCAGAAUGCAGCUGGCGUUGGACCUCCAAGUGAAGCAACAGAGUGUGUGUUUGCACUUGAUCCAAGAUACCCACCAGGUCAACCACCAGCACCUGAAGUAUCAGACAAAACCACAAGCAGCGUGAGUCUUUCCUGGACCUCACCAGAAAAAGAUGGAGGAAGUCCAAUAAAGGGUUACAUUGUUGAAGUUCAGGAUGAAGGUUCACAUGAGUGGAAAAGGAUCAAUACACCGAAUAAGCUGAUCCUAACCAAUUCAUACACUGUGUCAGGGCUUAAAGAGAAUAAAAAAUGCAGGUUCAGGAUUGUUGCUGUCAAUGCUGCUGGUGAAUCUGAGCCAAGUCCCAGAACUGCCGAUACCAUUGUACAAGAUAUUCUGGAGGAACCUGUCAUUACCAUGGAGGUCACAGUUCAUGAGCUUCUGAAUUGUCAUGCUGGAACAACCAUCAAGAUUCCAGCCACCAUCUCUGGCAAACCUAUUCCGAAUGUUACAUGGGACUUUGAUGGAACUGCCCCAACAGGGAAAAAGAAUGAGCGUCAUACUUUGCCAGAGGAUUCAGAAAUAUCAUCCAGUGAUACAACAUCAGUAGUGACAAUCCCUGAAUGUAAAUUAAACCACUCUGGGCGAUACAUCAUCACUGCCAGCAACCAGGCUGGCACCAAAAUCGUUAAAGUGCGCGUGAAUGUACUUGAUUUGCCUGGAGCUCCUACAGAUCUCAAAGUCAGUGACAUCACACGUGGAACAUGUAGACUAAGCUGGAAGCCACCAGACUGUGAUGGGGGUGACAGAAUCAAGAGCUACUUUGUUGAGAAAAAGACUGUUGAAGGAAAGGCUUGGACAAAGGUCAACCCAGCUUGCGCAACACAGUCCUUAGUUGUGCCAGACCUCAUUGAAGGACAAGAAUACUUGUUCCGUGUAAGAGCUGAGAAUCGCUUUGGUUUAGGACCUCAUAUCACAACCAUUCAGCGGACUAAAGCCAGAGAUCCUAUUCAUCCUCCUGAUCCACCCACAAGAGUCAAAAUCGUUGAUGUGUCCAAGGGCAUUGUGACUCUGACAUGGAAGCCACCAAAGAAUGAUGGUGGUGCACCUGUAACUCACUACAAUGUUGAACGUCUGUGGUGGGAUAGCAGUGGAAACCAGCAAGAGUCCUGGAGACAGUGCAACCGCCGUGAUAUUGAUACCACCACUUUCAAAGUGGAGGAUCUCCACCAGGGUGCUGAAUACGAAUUCCGUGUUAAGGCUGUGAAUGAGGUUGGUGCCAGUAGACCAUCCUCUACAGCUGGACCAAUCAUUAUUAAGGACCAGAACAGGGCACCUUCCAUUGAGCUUCCAGAAUUCAUGGAGGUUGAACAGUGUGCUGAUAUUCAUAUUGUUGCUAAGAUUAAGGGCUGUCCAUUUCCAACACUUACAUGGCAGAAGGCUCCUCCUCACAAAAGUGAAAACAAGGUUGAUGUUGAGUAUGAUGAGCACAUUAACAAACUUGUGUCUGAUGAUAGCUGCACACUGUUGAUCCAGCAGGGCAAACGCUCAGAUACAGGCCUCUACACUCUUACUGCUAGCAACAGCCUUGGCACCAUUGCCAAAGAAAUGAGGCUUAAUGUUCUAGGGCGUCCUGGGGCUCCAUCUGCACCCAUUAAAUUUGAGGAAAUUCAUGCUGAACAGAUAACACUGUCAUGGCUGCCUCCUAAGGAUGAUGGUGGCUCCAAAAUUACAAAUUACACUAUUGAGAGACGUGUUGCCAACAGGAAGACUUGGAUACCUGUCACUAGUGAACCCAAAGAGAGAAUAUUCACGGUUGACAAUCUAAUGCCAGGCCAUGAGUACAUUUUCAGGAUUAGGGCUCAAAACAAAUAUGGUGUUGGUGAUCCUCUUGAUAGUGAACCUGAAGUAGCCAGAGAUGUGUUCAUGCCACCUGGCCAAUGUGACAAGCCAACACUCUCUAGCAUCACAAUAGACUCCAUGACUGUGAACUGGGAAGAGCCAGACUCAGAUGGAGGCACUCCAAUCACAGGCUACUGGCUUGAGCGUAAAGAAACCACAUCUAAACGCUGGAGCAGAGUAACUCGUGAUCCAGUCAGGCCCAUGCCACUUGGUGUGUCACACAGAGUCACAGGGCUCAUUGAGGGAUCUCAGUAUUUGUUCCGCGUGAUUGCAAUUAAUGCGGCAGGAUGUGGACCUCCAAGUGAGCCAUCUGAUCCAACAUUUGCUAGAGAUCCAAUAGCUCCUCCUUCGCCCCCAACUCCGAAAGUCACGGACUGGACUAAGACCACAGCAGACUUGGAAUGGAUUCCACCAUUGAAGGAUGGAGGUUCAAAGAUAAUGGGCUACCAUGUUGAAUACAAAGAGGAGGGCACAGAAGCAUGGGUUAAGGCCAAAGACAAGGAAGUUAGAGGUACUAAAUUUGUGGUCACUGGACUGAAAGAGAAUGCAUUGUAUAAGUUUAGAGUUUUGGCAUUCAGUGCUGCUGGUCUGAGUGAACCAGGCGAAGUUGCUGAUGCUCUUGAAAUGAAGGACCGGAUAAUUUUGCCAGUCCUUGAGCUGGACAUUUCAGUAAAGGAGAAGAUGGUUAUUCAUGCAGGAGGUGUUAUUCGUAUCAUCGCUUAUGUGUCAGGCCAACCUCCACCUGUGAUAACAUGGAGCAGAGAUGGGUAUCCAGUCCCAUCAGAAGCUGUUAUUGAAACCACCUCAAUCAGCUGUUCCAUGGUAAUUAAAGAUUGCACUAGGGCACAACGAGGUGUUUAUACAAUAACAGCCAAGAAUGAUGGAGGAGAAGUGAAGAAGUCUGUUAUUGUUGACGUUCUUGACAUCCCUGGUCCAGUGGGGGCACCAUUUACAGCUGAAAACCUUACAAGUGACUCAUGCAAGCUGAACUGGUUUUUCCCUGAUGAUGAUGGUGGAUCUGCCAUCUCCAACUACAUAAUUGAGAAACGUGAAGCUGAUCGCAAGGCUUGGACAUCUUGCUUCUAUACAGCAGGCAGACAAAAUGCUGUAGUAAAUAAUCUGGUGCUUAAAAAGGAAUAUUUCUUCAGAGUCGCAGCUGAAAAUGCAAUUGGAGUAGGUCCUUUCUGCCAAACAGCAUGUGAAAUUGUGAUUAAAGAUCGCAUUAAUGUUCCAUACCGUCCAGAAGAUCUUGAGGUGACUGCCAUCACCAAAGACUAUAUCAGUGUGACUUGGAAGCCACCUAAGUAUGAUGGAGGGUCUGAGGUGUUAUCCUACAUUCUUGAGGCUCGCACGAUUGGCAAAGACAAGUUUGUCAGACUGACCAAAGAGAAACUUAUGGAUAGGAAAUACACUUAUGAUGGUCUUCGUGAAGGCGACACCUGUGAAUUCCGUGUCAGUGCAGUGAAUGAAGUUGGUCCAGGCAAACCAUCCUUCUCCACUAAGCCAAUUACAUGUAAAGACGAACUUGAGCCCCCUACAAUUGAGCUGGACUUCCGUGAUAAGGUUGUUGUUCGUGUUGGUGAAAGCUUUGCACUACAGGGGCGGUAUACUGGAAAACCAGCGCCAACUGUCACCUGGUCAAGAGAUGAUAAGGAACUAAAAGCAGAUGACCACAUCAAGUUCAAAAAUACUACUACCACUAUGUGUCUGGGUAUUAUUAAAGGUCAGCGUGGACACAGUGGCAAAUACUGUGUGACAGUUGAAAACUGUACUGGUGCUCGUAAAGGCAUUUGUAAUGUCACAGUUGCAGAUCGACCAUUGCCUCCAGAGGGCCCAGUUGUAUUUGAGGAAGUUCACCGAGAUCACAUGGUUAUUUCUUGGAAGCCCCCUCUUGAUGAUGGUGGAUGUGAAAUUUCUAACUACAUCAUUGAGAAGAGAGAUGUAAACAGGGACAUGUGGACAACUGUAACAUCUGCCACCACAAAAACCCGCUGCAAAGUACCUAAGCUUGUAGAGGGUCGUGAAUACAUCAUAAGAAUUAGUGCUGAGAACCUGUAUGGCAUAAGUGACCCACUGGAGUCAGAGGAGAUGAAAGCUAAAGAUCUAUUCAGGGUACCUGAGGCACCUGAGCAACCCACUGUAAAAGACGUCUUCCAUGAUUCAGCACUGGUGAUUUGGAACCGUCCUCGUGAUGGUGGAAAGCCCAUAACAAACUAUAUAUUUGAGAGGAAGGAGCCCACAGCUAAGAGAUGGUCUCGUGCAACCAGAGAUCAAAUCUACCCUGCUACACAGUAUAGGGUACAAGACCUCGUUGAAGGCUGUGAAUAUGAAUUCCGUGUAAUGGCAGAGAAUGAAAUUGGAACUGGAGAUCCUAGCCUUCCCAGUAAACCUAUUCUUGCAAAGGAUCCGAUUGUUAAGCCAAGCCCACCUGUUUUGCCUGAAGCUGUUGACAAGACUAAAGAUUCUGUAAGUCUGUCAUGGCGUGUUCCUCGCCAUGAUGGUAAAGGGAAAAUAUUUGGUUACUUGACUGAGUAUCAGAAGCCCGGUGCAAUCGAAUGGAUCCAGGCAAAUGAAUCACCUGAAUCAUGCCCAGACACCAAGUUUGUUGUGACAAAUCUACCAGACGGUGGAGAGUUUCGAUUCAGAAUUAUGGCUGUGAAUGCAGCUGGAAAAUCUGAGCCUGCUUAUGUCAAGGAACCAGUGAAAGUUCAUGACAGACUUGAGGAACCGGAGUUGCUGUUAGAUGCCAAUAUGGCACGUGACCACCUUGCCAUGGUUGGAACAGACAUCACACUUAGUGCCACAUUUAAGGGCAUGCCAAUUCCCACUGUCUCUUGGAAAAAGAAUGAUGGUGAAGUUCCUGCUCAUUGUCUUAUUGAGGUCACAGCAAGUGGAAGCAAACUUCACAUUAAGAAGUGUACCCGUGCUGACUGUGGCAAUUAUACCAUCACUGUUCAAAAUGCAGCUGGAACGAAAUCUGCUACCUGCACUGUCCUUGCUCUUGAUAAACCUGGACCACCAAGGAAUCUUAAAAUCUCUGAAGUCACAAGUGAAUCAGCUUACCUGACAUGGCAAAAGCCAGAAGAUGAUGGUGGUGCUGUGAUCUCCCACUAUGUUGUGCAAAAGAAAGAUGUAGCAGCUGAGAACUGGGUUCCAGUUUGUGCUGCAUCUAAAAAGCUUAGCCUUAUGGCUCAAUAUCUGAUGGAGGGAAUUCAGUAUCUCUUCAGAGUUGCAGCUGAGAAUCAGUUUGGCAGGAGUGCAUUUGUUGAAACCACCAAGCCUAUCAAGGCAGUUGAUCCACUUUAUCCUCCUGGUCCACCCAAGAAUCUGCAUCAUGUGGAUGCAGACAAAACUGAAGUAUGGCUUCAAUGGGAGUGGCCUGAUCGCACAGGUGGAAGUGAGAUCACCGGAUUCAUUGUUGAACAUCAAGAAGAAGGUGCCACCGACUGGGUGACCUUCAAGACUGUCAGCAAUCCUCAAUGCCAUGUUACUGGACUUGUGGAGGGCAAAACCUACAGAUUCCGUGUAAAAUCACAAAAUGCAAUUGGCAUUAGCCGACCAGACACCAGUGUGCCUAUUACUUGCCAGGAAAAAACCUUGGCUCCAACUAUUGAAGUUGAUGUGAAGCUUAUUGAGGGUCUUGUUGUGAAAGCUGGCAGUACAGUCGUCCUCCCAGCGGUCAUGCAUGGAAUCCCAACUCCAACAGCCAAGUGGCAAAGUGAAGGAAAUGAGCUUAAAACUGAGGGCAAAUGUAAGAUUGUUACUGAAGGAAAUUCAACUGUCUUGACUAUUAGUGAAUGUGUCAGAACUGACAGCGGAGAGUAUGGCCUUACUGUGGCAAACCCUGCUGGAAGCAAGUCUGUUGCUCUACAUGUUACAGUCCUUGAUGUUCCAUCUGCUCCGGUUGGUCCUGUAAAUAUCCUUGAGGUUACCCCUGAUCAUAUGAUAAUCCAGUGGCGUGAACCAAAAGAUGAUGGUGGCACACCUUUGAUGAACUAUGUUGUAGAGAAGAAGGAUGUCAAGAAGCCUUGGGAGCCGUGGUCAGUUGUGAGUUCUGGAAGCACAAGCACAAAGGCCAAAGUCCCACGUUUGGAGAAGGGACGUGAAUAUAUUGUACGUGUACGUGCUGAGAAUAAAAUUGGCAUUGGUGCUGGCCUUGAAAGUCCUCCCACUAUUGCCAAGCAUAUGUUUGAUCCACCAGGUCCUCCUAGCCAACCAACAUGUUCUGACAUAACAGAAAAUGCUGUAACAGUGUCAUGGACUGAACCAGAAACUGAUGGUGGAAGCCCUGUGAGUGGCUACAUUGUUGAGCGCAGGGAGAUGACUGGUAAAUGGAUUCGUGUCAAUAAAACACCAGUCUUGGAUGUAAGAUACAGGGUCUGUGGUCUGUUUGAGGGCAAUAGCUAUGAAUUCAGAAUCUUUGCUGAAAAUGUUGCUGGUGUAAGUGAGCCUUCAUAUCCAUCAGACCCAGUGAAAGCUAAACGUCCAAUUACUCCUCCGGGGCCUCCAAGUAACAUUAAGCUGAAGGACUGGAGCAAGUCAUAUGCAGAUUUGGUAUGGACCAAACCUUCCAGAGAUGGUGGCAGCCCCAUCCUAGGCUAUGUUGUUGAAUGCCAGAAAUCAGGUUCUGCACAGUGGGAUAGAAUAAAUAAGGAUCUAAUAAAGUUUUGUGUAUUUAGAGUACCUGGACUUAGUGAAGGCACAGAGUACAGAUUUCGUAUUAGAGCCUCAAACAAGGUUGGAGAUGGUGAGCCAAGAGAACUCACGGAAACUGUGCUUGCCAAAGACAUUCUUGUUCCCCCUGAUGUAACUGUUGAUGUUGCUUGUCGUGACCUCCUAACAGUUAGAGCAGGGCAACUCAUCAACCUUGUAACCCGUGUUAAGGGCAGACCUGACCCUGAAAUCACUUGGACUAAAGAUGCAAGAGUUUUAGGCAGAGAUAAACGCACUGAGAUGAACAAUAACUUCCCUCUUGUUGAGCUGGUAAUUCAGGAAGCUGUUAGAGCUGAUUAUGGAAAAUAUGCAAUUCAAGCAAAGAAUAGCAGUGGUCAAGCACAAGCUACAAUUAUUGUCAAUGUACUUGAUAUUCCAGGAGCCUGUCAGAAUUUGAAGGUUGCUUAUGUGACUAAAGACUCGUGUAUGGUUUCUUGGGAAAAUCCAGAGGAUAAUGGUGGCACUGAAAUUACUAAUUAUAAAAUUGAGUGCAGACAACCAAGUCAAAGAGGAUGGACAGUUGUUACUUCUGACUGCACCAAACGACUUUUCAAAGCUCCACUUGUUGAGAAAUGUGAAUAUUUCUUCCGUGUGAGCGCAGAGAAUAAAAUUGGAGCUGGUCCACCAACAGAAACAAAAGCACCAGUCCUUGCUGUUGAUCCAGUUGAGAAACCUGGUGAGCCAGAGAACUUCCAAAUCUCUGAAAUUGGCAAGACAUUUGUCUUUCUCAAAUGGAAGAAACCAGAAUACGAUGGUGGUAGUCGUAACCUUGCUUACCAUAUUGAAAAGAAGCCUAAAGAAGCAGAUGAAUGGGAACGAUUACACAAAGGUGCUAUAAAGGAAACCUAUUUCAUGGCUGACAGAUGCAUUGAGAACCAAAUUUAUCAAUUUAGAGUUCAAACAAAGAAUGAGGGAGGAGAGAGUAACUGGGUGACGACAGCUGAAGUUCUUGUAAAGGAGGAACUUGUACAGCCAGAGCUCAAAGUCAAACUGGCGGGUGUUCUUGUUGUUAAAGCUGGAGAUGCCAUUCCAAUUGAGGCAGAGCUUAUAGGUAAACCUCAGCCUGAUGUAAAAUGGUCUAAAGAAGGUGACACUGGAGAUAUCACCAAAAGCCCAAGAGUACAAGUUGAAACUGGCACCAACUUCACAAAAUUCCUGCUCACAAAUUCAAGACGUGGAGACACUGGAAAAUACAUAAUUACUGCAACAAAUACUGCUGGAACCUGCUCUGCUGAGGCCAAGGUUAAUGUUCUUCACAGACCAGGUCCUAUUAGAGACCUGAAAGUGUCAGACAUUUCUGUGGACAGAUGCAAGCUUACAUGGGAGAUACCAGAAGAUGAUGGUGGUUGUGAGAUCUAUAACUACAUCAUAGAAAAAUGUGAGACAAAGAGAGGUGUGUGGUCAAUUCAUUCAGCAGCUAUUAUUACCAAUUCAGCUAAAGUUACUCGCCUUAUCGAAGGAAAUGAAUACAUAUUCCGAGUGAGAGCUGAGAACAAGAUGGGUGCUGGCCCUGCUGUUGAAACUGAGUCCAUUGUUGCAAGGACCCAGUUCAGCAGACCAGGUGUACCUGAUGCUCCAGAGAUUACCAAAAUUACAAAAGAAGAAAUGGUUGUUAUGUGGUGCUCUCCUGAUAAUGAUGGCGGAAAACCUAUAACUGGUUAUAUUCUUGAGAAAAAAGAAGAGCAUGCCAUUCGGUGGGCCCCUGUUGUUAAGUCCCCAAUUGCAGGGACACAGAUGACUGUUACAGGUUUACUGCCUAAUCAUGAAUACCAGUUCCGUGUUAGGGCUGAAAAUGAAAUUGGAGUUGGUGAUGCAAGCAAGCCAUCCAGAUCAUUCACUGCAAGAGAUCCAGUUGAGCCUCCUGGUCCCGUUAGUAACUUAAAGGUGACUGACAGCUCAAAGACAUCAAUUACUCUUGCAUGGACAAAGCCUACAUAUGAUGGAGGCGCUCCUCUUAUUGGAUAUGUUGUUGAGCUAAGAGUCAAGGGAACAGACAAGAAGGGAGAUGAAGGCUGGAAAAGGUGCAAUGUUGCUGCCCAGUUGAUUGGAACAGAAUUCACAGUCUCAAGCCUGGAUGAGAAGCUUGAAUAUGAAUUCCGUGUUUCUGCCCAAAAUCAGGUUGGCUUAAGUCAGCCAACUAAUCUUGGAGGAGCUGUGAUACCAAGAGAAGUCUUGGAGGCCCCCGAGAUUGAUUUCGAUGCAGAACUGAAGAAAGGUGUGACUGUUAGAGCUGGCUGCCCAAUAAGAUUAGUAGCAACAAUCAGAGGCAGACCCGCUCCCAAGGUCUUAUGGAGGAGAAUGGGAAAAGAUAAUGUUGUACAGAAGGGCCAUGUUGAUCUCAUUGACACUAUGACAUUCCUUGUUAUCUCUGAAACCACUCGUGAUGAUUCAGGCAAAUAUUCAUUGACUGUAUCCAGUCCAGCUGGAGAGAAGGCAGUGUUUGUGAAUGUCAAUGUACUUGGUAAACCCCCUUCAAUUUGCAACCUCACAUGGUCUCCACCUGAAAAUGAUGGUGGCAGUAACAUCACUCAUUACAUUGUUGAAAAACGAGAAAUUGAUCGCAAGACUUGGGCAACAGUGAAAAAUAAUGUUGAUAACACCGCAUUUAAAGUUAGCAAUCUCGUCCCAGGAACAGAGUAUUACUUCAGGGUCAUUGCGGUAAAUGAGUAUGGUCCCGGGGUCCCAAGGGUUACAGCAAAAUCCUAUCUGGCCUCUGAUCCUAUCAGCAAGCCUGAUCCACCACAAAAGGUUGAUGUUCUAGAGAUUAGUAAGAACAGUGCAACUGUGGGAUGGGUGAAACCAAUGCGUGAUGGUGGAGCUAAAAUUGAUGGCUACAUUAUUGACUAUCUUGAGCUUCCAAUGCCUAAACCUCCCAAGAAACCAGUGGAGGCUGAAGGUGAGGCUGAGCCUGGUGUAGAGCCGGUGGCUCCACCCCCGCCUGAACCUGUGAUUGAGGAAGAGAAGGAGGAGAAAAAGGAGGAAUGGACGCCGUACACAGUCGUAAAAGAUUUGAGCAUCUCUAUUGCUGGAUUAAAGGAGGGAAGAAAAUAUCGCUUCAGAGUGGCAGCAAGAAAUGCCAUGGGGUCCAGUCUUCCCACAGAGACCAGAGAAGCUUAUGAGAUCAAGGAGCAGAUGUUGGAGCCCAAAAUCAUCAUGCCUGAGCUGGUCACUGCAAAGGCAGGAGCAAAACUGAGGGUUGAGGCUCUUGUAUCAGGAAAGCCAGCACCAGCGUGCCAAUGGAAACGGGGAGAAAAUAAUGUAGUCCCAUCAAGCCGUCUUGCUGUGCAUAAAUCUCUGAACAUGUGUGUGCUCAUCAUUAAGGAUGUUUCAAGACAAGACAGUGGUGAAUACAGCCUUGUUGCUGAGAACAGCACUGGAAAAGUUGACCAGACUUUGAAAAUCAUCAUCAGAGAUAUUCCUGGACCACCUGAGCCACCAUUUGAGAUCAGUGACAUAGAUUCUGAUGCCUGCACACUCUCUUGGAACAAACCUACUGAAGAUGGUGGGAGCAAUAUUACUAAUUAUGUGGUUGAGAAGUGUGACGUAAGCAGAGGUGACUGGGUGACUGCUCUUUCCAGCUGUGGCAAAGCUGGCUGCAGAAUCGGAAAGCUUAUUCCUGGAAAGGAAUAUAUUUUCCGUGUUCGUGCUGAGAACAGAUUUGGUAUUUCAGACCCCCUUACAUCUGAAAGAAUGAUUGCUAAGUUCCCCUUCGAUGUUCCUGGUGAACCUUUGAACUGCCGCAUCAACAAAGUGAACAAGGACUGCAUGUUUGUGGCUUGGGAUAAGCCUGAGUCUGAUGGUGGCAGUCCAAUUACUGGAUACUACAUUGAACGCAAAGAAAGGAACAGUCUCCUUUGGGUUAAAGCUAAUGAUUCUGUUGUUCGCACAACUGAGUAUCCUUGUGCUGGCCUAAUUGAGGGUCUGGAAUACACUUUCAGAGUGUCUGCUAUAAACCGAGCUGGUCAGGGGAAACCAAGCAAGAAAACUGAGUUUAUCACAGCAAGAACACCUGUUGAUGCUCCUGGAAAACCAGAAGUGCUUGAUGUGACUAAGAACUCAGUUACAUUGGUUUGGACCAAACCAAAGAAUGAUGGUGGAAGCAAGAUAAUUGGAUACUAUGUUGAAGCAAUGAGGCUUCCGGGAGACACUUGGGUGCGUUGCAACACAAGUAGUCAAAAUGUGCCUCGUGAGGAGUACACUGCAACUGGGUUAGAAGAGGGUGCUAAGUACCAGUUUAGGGUAAUUGCCAAGACAGCAGUUAACAUUAGCAGGCCAUCUGAAUUCACUGACCCCAUUCUGGUGUCUGCAGAAAAUGUACCUCCAAGAAUAGAGCUUUCAAUACAGAUGAAAAAGAUGUUGCCAAUAAAGGCUGGGUCAGAUGUUUGCCUUGAAGCUGAAGUUUUUGGUAAACCAAUGCCCAAGGUUACAUGGAGCAAGAAUGGAGAAGUGUUGAAAGCUGACAAAGAAUUCAAGAUGUCUCAAAAGAGACACCUCUUUUCUCUGAGCCUUGAUGCAGUUACUAAACUUCAUACUGGAAGUUAUGGAAUUCUUGCAGUAAAUGCAAGUGGUUCUACAACUGCAGAAAUACAACUCCAAGUUUUAGAUAUACCUAGCCCACCAGCCUCUAUCAAGUUUGAUGAAGUACUUUCAGAUCGGAUCAAGUUGAGCUGGGAGGCUCCACUUGCAGAUGGUGGUUCUCCAAUUACAAAUUAUGUUGUUGAUAAACGUGAGACAAGCAGAGCUAACUGGUCCCAAGUUUCUGCUAAAAUCAGUGGUGAUACAAAAGAAUGUUUAGUGGAGAAACUGAUUGAGGGGCACGAAUAUCAGUUCCGUGUUUGUGCAGAGAAUCGCUAUGGUACUGGUGAUGCCAUCAUAUUGGACCCUGUUGUUGCAAGGAAUCCCUUCACUGUUCCUGGAGCAUGUGACCCACCGGUCCUUACAAACAUCACAAAGGAGCGUAUGACUGUAAGUUGGAAGGAAGCAUCUGAUGAUGGAAAAUCCCCUAUCCUUGGAUACAUAGUUGAGAAACGUGAGACCAAGGAAAUUAACUGGACCAAACUGAACAGAAAGCCCUUACUGGAGAGAACACUUGAGGUUGGAGGUCUCUCUGAGGGAGCUCAGUAUGAGUUUAGAGUCAUUGCUGUUAAUAAAGCUGGCCUUGGCAAACCCAGUGAACCAUCUAAUGCCGCCUCUGCUCUUGAUCCUUUGUAUCCUCCAGGACCACCCAUUUCUCCCAAGGUUACAGACACGACCAGCAGCACCAUUAGACUAACUUGGACUAAGCCUGCAAAUGAUGGUGGUAGUGAAAUUUUGGGAUACCUUGUUGAAUGCAAGAGAACUAAUACAACAGACUGGAUAAGAUGCAACGUACCCAAGAACCUUCAGGAUACAAAUUAUGCUGUGACUGGACUCUUGGAGAACUCAGAGUACCAACUUCGUAUUACUGCUGUAAAUAAAGUUGGAUUUAGCCAGCCUUGUGAAGUUCCUGAAAAACAUGUUGCCAAGGAUGUUUUUGCUGCUCCUGAGGCUGAGCUUGAUGCAGAGCUGAAGGACACUUUGGUGCUCACAGCUGGCAGUAAAAUGAAACUUCAUGCCACAUAUAAGGGUCGACCAAUCCCCAGGGUGACCUGGGCCAAGAUGAACACCAACAUUAAGGACAGACAAGGAAUCAUAAUCAAGACAACAGACACUGAUACAUUGGUUUAUGUUGAGAAAGUCAAUAGAAAUGAUGCAGGGAAAUACAUUCUGAAUCUUGACAGUGUAAGCGGAAUGAAGAUGUACACAGUUAUUGUCAAGGUCCUUGAUACUCCUGGACCUCCACUGAAUCUGAUGGUAAAAGAGACAUCAAAGGACAGUGCCUCCAUCCUAUGGGAUGAACCUCUAAUUGAUGGUGGAAGUGAGAUUACAGGUUACAUCGUUGACAAAAGAGAUUCAGAAAGGAAAGCAUGGUCAAAUGUUUCAACCACUUGCACUAAAACAUCUUUCAAGAUUGAUGGUUUAGAGGCUGGAAGAUCUUAUUGUUUCAGGGUUCUGGCUCAAAAUAUGUAUGGCAUUGGUGAGCCAUGUGAAACUGUGGAUGCUGUUAGAGCUUCUGAACAACCUGGACCAGUUAUGGACUUUAAGACCUUGCUGGUAACCAAGGACUCUUGUACUCUUUCCUGGAAAAAGCCCAUCAGUGAUGGAGGAAGCCGCAUCAUUGCAUAUGUGCUAGAAGUCCUUAAUGGCGAAGAUAAAUGGAAGGAGCUUCUUAGAUCAAAGAAUAUGCAAUAUAGUGCAAAAGACCUUGUUGAAGGAAGGGAAUACAAAUACAGAGUUAAAGCAACAAAUGAUUCUGGUGAUGGUCCUGUGAAAGAACUCUCUGUGAUUGCAAAAAAUGUCAAUGUUCUUCCAAGCUGUGACUUACGAGAGUUGCCUAACUUGAACUAUAUUGCAAAAGAAGGAAGCACAGUUCGUCUCAAGAUUCCUAUUAGUGGAAAGCCUGUCCCUGUUGUCACAUGGAAGAAGGGAGAGGAUGAAAAUCUCACAGACACAGGAAGAGUGUGUGUAGAAUCAACGGCAGUAAACACAACUCUUAUGAUACGUGACUGCCAAAGGACAGAUGCCUCAAAAUACACCAUCACUCUUCGCAAUGCUGCUGGAACGAAAGAGUCCACAAUUUUUGUCAGAGUUGUUGGCAAACCAGGAAUUCCAGCUGCACCAAUAAAGUUCAAGGAAGUGACUGCAGAUGGUGCAACCUUAAAAUGGGGUGUUCCUAAAGAUGAUGGUGGAUCAGAAAUUACCAACUACAUUCUUGAGAAACGUGAUUCCAUUACUAACAUGUGGGUUGCUGUGUCUUCAUCUGUGGACACAAACACUUUCAGAGUGACUGGUCUCCAUGAGGGAACUGAAUACAUCUUUAGGGUUAGUGCAGAAAACAAAUAUGGAAUUGGUGAGGGCCUCAAAUCAGAGCCUAUGGUUGCCAAGCAUCCAUUCAAUGUUCCAGAUUCACCUCCACCCCCUCAAGUCAUGAGUAUGUGUCAUGAUUCAGCAACUCUUGCAUGGUUGGAUCCAAGGAAAACUGGAGGCUCACCAAUCACAGGUACAAAAAUAAUUAAAUUAAUAUAAGACAAUAACCUUUUCAUAAAGACAAUGUUUUUCACAUGGUUUUUUUUUUUUUUUUUUUUUUUUCUCGCACAAUGGGGAUGUCCUUUUUAUAUAUAUAUAUAUAUAUAUAUAUAUAUAUAUAAUUUCAAAGUGACAGGCUUAACAGAGGGUCUAGAAUAUGAGUUCAGAGUUAUGGCUAUUAAUCUGGCUGGUGUUGGUAGACCAAGUCCUGCCACUGAGCCAAUGGUUGCCUUGGAUGCAAUUGAUGCACCUGGCAAACCUGAUGUGAUUAGCAUCACUAGAAGCACUGUAACACUUCAAUGGACUGAGCCUCAAUAUGAUGGUGGACACAGGCUUACAGGCUACAUUGUUGAGAGACGUGAUCUCCCGGCCAAGGUCUGGGUGAAGGCUAAUACAGUAAAUGUGGUGGACUGUGCAUAUACUGUAGCAGACUUGCAAGAGGGUUGCAAGUAUGAAUUUAGAAUCAGAGCAAAGAAUGCAGCUGGAGCAAUAAGUCCACCCUCUGAACAAACUGAUACCCUUGUGUGCAUGGAUGAAUAUGCGGCACCAACCAUUAUAAUUGAUCCAACAGUCAAGGAGGGGCUAACUGUCAGGGCUGGAGAUACUAUUGUAAUUACUGCAACAAGCAUUCUGGGCAAACCUCAGCCAACCUCUGUGUGGUCAAAGGGUGGAAAGUAUUUCAAGCCAUCAGAUGUGUGCCAGAUAGAAACUACACCUUCUUCUUCUACUCUUUCUAUCAAGUAUGCAAGUAGGAAGGAUUCAGGAGAGUACACAAUUACAGCAAGUAACCCAUUUGGUGUGAAAGAAGAAAUUGUGAAAGUAACAAUUUUAGAUGUUCCCGGUCCACCAGGGCCAAUUGAAGCUAGUGGAAUUUCAUCUGAAAAGGUCACUUUGACAUGGACACCACCUCAUGAGGAUGGGGGAUCUCCAAUUAAAUACUACACUUUGGAGAAAAGAGAAACAAGCCGUCUCCUUUGGACCAUUCUUGCUGAAAAAAUUAUUGACUGCCACUUUGUUGCCAAUAAGCUUAUCCAGGGAAAUGAAUACAUCUUCAGAGUUUCUGCUGUCAACAGUUCUGGAGCUGGUGAUGCUUCCCACUCUGAACCAGUAAAAAUGGUGGAUAGCUAUGGUCCCCCUGGUUCGCCAGCUAAACCAGAAAUUGAAAAUGUUGGUGGAAAUUCUGUUACCAUUGCUUGGAAAAGACCAGCUGAUGACGGUGGAAGUGAUAUAAUAGGCUACAUGGUUGAGAGGAAAGAAAAGAAGGGCAUGAGAUGGACUCGAGCAUCAAAGAAAACAAUUGCUGACCUCCACUUUGAAGUGAAAGGGCUAAAAGAGGGAGAUGAAUAUGAAUUCAGAGUAACUGCUGAGAAUAAGGCUGGUUUUGGUGAGCCAAGUGAACCUUCAAUGCCAGUGAGGACAAAGCUUGUUGCAGAUGUACCUGGUCCUCCAGUCAACCCAAGAGUCACUGACACAACAAAAACCACAGCUGAAUUGCACUGGGGCAAACCACUUAGUGAUGGUGGAAUGGAAGUUACAGGAUACCUUGUUGAGCACAAAAAGGAGGGAGAAGAAGAAUGGGUGAAAGAUACAGCUACACCUUUGAGGAUCACUGAGUUUGUUGUCCCCAGUUUGCAAGCUGGAGUGAAGUAUAAUUUUAGAAUUAGUGCAAUGAAUGUAAUGGGGGUUAGUGAACCAUCACAAACAGAGGAUCUUGUUGAAAUUGUGGAACGUGAAGAAAUCCCUGAUUUAGAGCUAGAUGUAGAACUCAGAAGAACGUUAGUUGUUAGGGCAGGUGCCUCUAUUCGUUUAUUUAUUCCUAUUAAAGGACGCCCAACCCCUAUAGUGACUUGGACAAAAGAGGACACACCAUUGAAAACUCGCGCAAUCAUCGACAAUACCGAAUCAUACACCCUGUUGGUCAUUCCCGACUGUAAUAGACGCGACGCAGGGAAAUAUGAUUUAACAUUAGAGAACACUGCUGGCAAGAAGACUGUUUCUGUGGUUGUAAGGGUUUUGGACUCCCCUGGUCCUCCUCUCAAUCUGAAACCCAAAGCAAUUGACAAAGAGAGCAUCACAUUGGAAUGGGAAAUGCCUAUUAUUGAUGGAGGUUCUAAAAUUACCAAUUACAUCAUUGAGAAGAGAGAAUCUACUCGCAAGGCAUAUGCUGCUGUGAUCACACAAUGUGAGCCAUGCUCCAUCGGAGUUUCCGAUCUGGCAGAGGGUUUGGAAUAUUAUUUCAGAGUUUCUGCUGAAAAUGAGUAUGGCAUUGGUGAAGCAGUUGAAACCCCAGACCCAAUCAGAGUAUCUCAAGCACCAACUCCACCAGAAAAUGUAACUUUUACUGAUGUUACAAAGCACACAGUUAGGCUUGCAUGGACUAAACCAAAACAUGAUGGUGGAAGUAGGGUUACUGGGUAUGUAAUUGAAGCACAAAAGAAAGGAACAGACCAGUGGGCCCAUGUGACAACUGUGAAGUCUUUGGACUUUACUGUAAAAAAUCUUAAUGAAAAUGAAGAGUACAUAUUCCGUGUAAUGGCGGUGAACAAUUCUGGGCGAAGUUGUCCUCGUGUAAGCAAGCCUGUUGUUAUCAAAGAACAAAGUUCAGAACCAGAAUUUGAUCUCCGUGGUGUGUGUCAGAAGAUAGUUAUUGCCAAGGCUGGUGAAGAUAUAAAGGUUGAGGUGCCUGUUUCUGGACGUCCUAAGCCUACAGUUUCCUGGCAGAAAGACAAUCAAGCCCUCAAAUUAACACAAAGGACAAUGAUUGAAAAUACUUCUACCUCAACUAUCUUGAUCAUAAAUGAAUGUUUAAGGAGUGACAGUGGAAUAUACUCAAUGACAGGAAAGAACAUCGUGGGCUCUGUUACAGAUAGCAUCACAGUAAAAGUACAUGAUUUGCCUGGACCACCAAAGGGACCAAUUAAACUGGACAAAAUAUCUCGUACUUUCAUUGAGUUCUCAUGGGAAGCUCCUGAAAAUGAUGGAGGUGUACCAAUCAAUAACUAUAUAGUAGAAAUAAGGGAAACUACUAGCCAGACAUGGGUAGAACUCUCCUCUUUGAUUAUUCGUACAACAUUUAAAGCAACUCGUUUAACAACAGGAAUUGAAUAUCAAUUCCGUGUCAAGGCCAAAAACAGAUAUGGUACAGGGCCUCCAUUAAUGUCAGAGGCAGUGGUUGCUGCAUAUCCAUUUAAGGUACCUGGGCCACCUGGAACACCCAAAGUUGUCACUUUCACUAAGGAUACAAUGACAAUUGGUUGGAAUGAGCCUGUUUCUGAUGGUGGAAGUGAGGUCAUUGGUUACCAUGUUGAAAGGAAAGAGAGGAACAGUAUUGUUUGGCACAGAAUUAGCAAGGCACUUGUGAUUGGAAAUCUGUUCAAAUCCACAGGACUAGAGGAUGGUGUGGCAUAUGAAUUCCGUGUGAUUGCUGAAAACAUAGCUGGAACUGGAAAACCAAGCAAAGCUUCUGAACCAAUGCUCGCUCUUGAUCCAGUGGAUCCACCUGGUCAACCUGUACCAAUCCAUGUGUCCAAAAAUGCCAUUACUAUUCAGUGGCCGAAGCCAGAGUAUGAUGGCGGAUUCAAGAUUACUGGCUAUACUGUCGAAAAGAGAGAUCUUUCAGCUGGGCGCUGGAUGAGAGCUAACUUUACAAAUAUACUUGAAACCACUUUCACUAUAAGUGGUCUAACACAAGACGAAUCCUAUGAAUUCCGUGUACUUGCAAGAAAUUCAGCUGGUGCUGUUAGUAACCCAUCAGACCCAUCAGAUCCAAUUAUUUGCAAAGAUGACAUUGAAGAACCAAGGAUUAUGGUUGAUGCUAAAUUUAAAGAUAUUGUCCUUGUCAAAGCUAGAGAGGUGUUCAGACUUGAAGCUGAUGUUGCAGGCCAGCCAUUACCAUCUAUGGUUUGGACGAAAGAUGGAAAAGAUGUUGAAAACACAUCCAAACUACAGAUCAAAAUGACAGAACUUACAUCAGUCUUGAUCAACAAGGAUUCUGUCAGAAGGGAUGGUGGUAAAUUUAUUCUGACAGCAACAAAUGUUGGUGGCUUUGCUAAGCAUGUUUUCAAUGUAAAGGUUCUUGAUAGACCAGGACCACCUAGGGGACCUCUGACAGUUUCCGAUAUUACAGCUGAAAAAUGUGUGCUAACAUGGAAUCCACCUGCAGAUGAUGGCGGUGCAAACAUUGAACAUUAUGUUAUUGAAAAACGUGAGUCAAGCAGACUUGCUUGGACAAAUGUGGCAUCAGAAUUGCAGGUUAAUCAGUACCAAGUGACAAAGUUGCUCAAAGGAAAUGAAUACAUUUUCAGAGUUAUGGCUGUUAACAAGUAUGGUGUUGGAGAACCUCUUGAGUCUGAAGCAAUAAUUGCAGAAAAUCCAUAUGUACGACCAGAUCCUCCACAAACACCUGAGAUAACAGCGGUCACUAAGGAUUCAGUAGUCCUGUGUUGGGGUGCACCUGCUAGUAAUGGUGGAAGUGAAAUCACCAACUAUCGUAUUGAGAAAAGAGACAGGAUUAGUUUGCGUUGGGUAAAAUGCAACAAGAGGAAUGUUACUGACUUGCAUUUCAAGGUGACUGCUCUUGUUCCAGGCCAUGAAUAUGAAUUCAGAGUUUUUGCUGAAAAUGCAGCAGGAAUAAGUGAGUCAAGUCCUUCAUCACCAUUUGUCAAGGCCACAGAUGCUCUUUUCAAACCAGGUCCUCCUGGCAACCCUAGAGUCCUGGACACAACAAGUUCUUCCAUCACGCUUGCAUGGAACAAACCAGUUUAUGAUGGUGGUUCUGAAAUUACUGGCUAUAUUCUUGAGACCUGUCUCCCUGGAACUGAAGAGGACGAAUGGACAAUUGUCUCCCCUAAAGAUGGUGUAAAGGGGACAUCAUUUACAAUCACGAAUCUUAAAGAAAAUCAGGAAUACAAAAUGAAUGUGUCAGCUGUAAACAGCGAGGGUAUUGGAGAAGCAGCACCUGUACCAGGUUCACCUAAAGCAGAGGAACGACUCAUACCACCAGAGGCUGACCUUGAUGCUGAACUUCGUAAGAUAGUGAACAUCAGAGCAUGCAAUACACUAAGACUUUUUGUGCCAAUUAGAGGUAGACCAACACCAGAGGCCAAAUGGUCAAGAGAGAAUGAUGAACCUUUAGACAGAGCUACCAUUGAAACAACGUCAUCUUUUACAUCACUGGUUAUUGCCAAUGUGAAUAGGUUUGACAGUGGCAAAUACAAUUUGACUGUAGAAAACAGCUCUGGAACAAAGACUGUCUCUGUAAUAGUUAGAGUUCUAGAUACACCUGGAGCACCACAAAACUUAAAAAUAAGCCAGGUCACUAAAGAAUCUGUUUCACUUGUUUGGGAUCCUCCACUUAAUGACGGUGGCACAAAAAUUAAGAAUUAUAUUGUUGAGAAGCGUGAGGCUACAAGAAAAGCAUAUGCUACAGUAAAUGCCAAUUGUCACAAAACUACUUACACAGUUGACCAGCUCCAAGAAGGAUGCAACUACUAUUUCAGAGUUCUGGCAGAAAAUGAAUAUGGCAUUGGUCUCCCUAUGGAGACUGGUGAAUCUGUUAAAGUGUCUGAGAAGCCACUUCCCCCUGGCAAAAUUACACUUCAGGAUGUUACAAAGACAAGUGUGACAUUAUCAUGGGAAAAGCCUGAACAUGAUGGAGGAAGCAGAGUGGUUGCAUAUGUUGUAGAGAUGCAGAGCAAAGGGAAUGAAAAAUGGACACAAGCUGUGAUUGUCAAGGUACCCGAAGCAGUUAUUACUGGGCUUGCACCUGGUGAAGAGUAUAUGUUCCGUGUUUCUGCAAGGAAUGAAAAGGGAACCAGUGAUCCUCGUCAAAUUGGUGUGCCUGUGAUUGCCAAGGACCUUGUAUUUGCUCCAUCUGCUAAGAUGUUGUUCUCCACAUUUAGUGUCCUGGCAGGAGAGGAUUUGACAGUUGAUAUUCCAUAUAAUGCUCGUCCCAAAGCUACUAUUUCAUGGCUAAAGGAAACAGUUCCACUUAAACGAACAACCAGAGUUAACUUUUCCUCUACGGAUACACAGCUGAAUUUAGUAAUCAAAGAAGCAUGUAGAGAUGAUGUUGGCCAGUAUAGUAUUAAACUAUCAAAUACAGCUGGUGAGACAAAAGUAGACAUUAGAAUUGUUGUUCUUGACAAACCUGGUCCACCAACAGGCCCUGUUAAAGUUGAUGAAGUAACAUCUGACAGUGUUAGCAUUUCUUGGAAGCCACCAGAGUAUAACGGGGGCUGCACCAUUAAUAAUUACAUAGUAGAAAAGAGGGACACAUCCACAACUAAUUGGCAGAUUGUAGCAGCAAAUCUAGCAAGAACUCAAAUUAAGGCAGGAAGACUGAAGGCAGGCUCUGAAUAUCAAUUCAGAAUUGCAGCAGAGAAUAGAUAUGGCAAAAGCCCUCUGCUUGUGUCUGAAUGUGUUGUUGCACAGUACCCGUACAAACUACCGGGCCCUCCUGGAACACCUUUCUUGCAGUCUUCCACAAAAGAUAGUAUGGUGAUAGUGUGGAAUGAACCUGUUAUUGAUGGUGGAAGCACAGUCUUAGGAUAUCACCUUGAGCGAAAAGAGAGAAAUAGCAUUCGUUGGAUGAAACUAAACAAAAGCAUAAUCCAAGACACAACUUUCAAGACAACAGGUCUUGAAGAAGGCAUGGAAUAUGAAUUCAGAGUUUAUGCUGAAAACAUUGUUGGCAUCGGGAAGGCUAGUAAGAUCUCAGAGGGCUAUACUGCUAGAGAUCCUUGUGAUCCUCCUGGAACACCAGAAGCAGUUAGAAUAACAAAGAAUUCUAUUGCAAUUGCAUGGACCAAGCCAGAGUAUGAUGGUGGAAGCAAAGUCACUGGAUAUAUUGUAGAAAAGAAAGAAUUGCCUGCAGGACGCUGGAUGAAAGCAAACUUCACCAAUGUCAUAGAGACUGAGUAUACUGCAACAGGUCUUACAGAGGACGAGAAAUAUGAGUUCCGUGUCAUUGCAAGAAAUGCUGCUGGAGUUUUCAGUGAUCCUUCAUAUAGUACUGGACCUAUCGUGGCAAAAGAUGAGAUUGAACCACCGCGUAUCAGCAUAGAUCCAGAGUACACUCAAACAAUUGUUGUAAAUGCAGGAGACAACUUCAAGAUUGAUGCAGAUAUUCAUGGAAAACCAACACCAUCAAUCUGUUGGAUGAAGGGUGAGCAGGAACUUGGAAACACCAUAUCUCAUGAAAUUAAAAGCGCAGAUAGCUAUACCUGUUUGACUGUUAAGGAAGCCAAACUUGCUGAUGGAGGUCAAUAUACUCUACUGCUGAAAAAUCCAGGAGGAGAGAAAACUGUACAGGUCAAUAUUUGUGUCCUAGAUAAGCCUGGACCACCAGAGGGAUCCAUCUCUAUUACAGGUGUAACCAGUGAACAUUGCUGCCUUUCUUGGAAACCACCUAAACAAGACGGUGGCAGCAAGAUCACUCAUUAUAUUGUUGAAAGGAGAGAGACUAGCAGACUACUUUGGACAGUUGUUGAACCCAAAGUCCAAGCUCUAAACCUUAAAAUAAUGAAACUCCUAGAAGGAAAUGAAUAUAUUUUCAGAGUUUUUCCAGUAAACAAAUUUGGUGUUGGUGAGCCCCUCCAAUCAAGUGCAGUUGUUAUCAAGAAUCCAUUUACACCUCCAGAUGCACCAAAAGGAAUGGAAGUAUCUAAUGUCAAGAAAGAUUCAAUGGUCAUAACAUGGGAGGCCCCAACAAAUGAUGGCGGUACUCCUAUCACUGGUUAUAUUAUUGAGAAACAUGACAAGGAAGGCAUUAGAUGGACCAGAUGCAACAUGAAAACAGUUACUAACCUCACAUUUAAAGUUACUGGACUCCUGGAGAACCACCGCUACGAAUUCAGAGUUUAUGCUGAGAAUGCUGCUGGAGUUAGUGAGGCAAGUUCUGCAACUGUAUUCUAUAAAGCCCUAGAUCCUGUAUUCAAGCCAGGUCCACCACUUAAUCCAAAAGUGUUAGACAUGACCAAAUCAUCUGUUGUACUUGCAUGGGGAAAGCCUAUUUAUGAUGGUGGCUGUGAAAUCCAGGGAUAUAUUGUUGAGGCAUGUGUAGCAAAAGCAGCCAUAGAGGACAUAAAGAUUCCAGGAGAAGAAGGAAAGGCAGUUGCAGAUGAAUGGACAAUGUGCACACCACCAGCAGGCGUUAAACUGACACGCUUUAAUGUGGAAAAUCUGAAAGAAAAGCAGGAAUAUAAAUUCAGGGUUUGUGCAGUUAACAAGCUUGGUGUUGGGGAGCAUGCUGAUGUUGCAGGGCCCAUUCUGCCAGAGGACAAAACUGAGGAACCAGAUCUUGAUAUUGAUGCUGAGUUUAGAAAGCUUGUACGUAUUAAAGCAGGAGGUUCUCUUAGGAUGUUCAUCCCUUUCAAAGGAAGACCAACACCACAAAUCAAAUGGGAAAAAGAUGGUGGGCAGAUUAAGGAAACAGCACAGACUGAGACCACCAGCAGUCACACUUCUCUUGUGAUUGAUAAAGUCAACAGGGCAGACAGUGGCAAAUAUAUUGUUACUGCAGAAAACUCUGCUGGUGCAAAAUCUGAAACAAUUAUUGUGAAAGUCCUUGACACACCAAGCGCUCCAAUCAACUUCAAAGUUAAAGAAAUUACAAAAGAAUCUGUUACUCUUACAUGGGAGCCUCCAAGUUUAGAUGGUGGAGCAAAGAUAAAAAAUUAUAUUGUUGAAAAACGUGAGAGCACAAGAAAAACAUUCUCUGCCGUUGUCACAAAUUGCCACAAACUUUCUUGGAAAGUUGAAACACUUCAAGAAGGCUGCAGUUACUAUUUCAGAGUGCUUGCGGAAAAUGAACAUGGUAUAGGGCUACCUGCAGAUAUCACAGAUCCUUUGAAGGUUUCAGAGGUGCCACAAUGUCCUGGAAAAUUAAGUGUUGUAGAUGUUACUAAAACAAGUGUGUCUCUUUCUUGGGAAAAGCCCGUUCAUGAUGGUGGCAGUAGAAUUCUUCAAUACCUUGUAGAAAUGCAGGUCAAGGGUAGUGAUAAAUGGUCUGGAUGUGCCAAUGUAAAAACACUGGAAGCUGUAAUCAGUCAUUUGAUCCCUGGAGAAGAGUACACUUUCAAAAUAAUUGCUAUCAAUGAAAAAGGAAAGAGUGACCCAAGAACACUUGCUGUCCCCGUGCAAGCAAAGGACCUUGUCUUUGGGCCUGAUGUAAGACCUGCGUUUAGCAACUACAGUGUUCUUGUCGGAAAGGACCUUCAAGUUGAAAUCCCAGUUUCUGGUCGUCCAAAGCCAAAGGUCACAUGGACAAAGGAUGGUGCAGCCCUCAAAUUCACAACAAGGGUUAAUAUUUCUAAUACAGCACACAGCACUGUUCUUAGCAUCAAAGAAGCAGCCAGAGAAGAUGGUGGAAUGUAUGGAAUGAACGUGUCCAAUGCUGUUGGACAAAAGGAUGCAACCAUUGAAAUCAUCACUCUUGAUAAACCUGGCCCACCAACUGGCCCUGUGCGAUUUGAUGAGAUAACUGUUUCAAGCAUUACAUUGUCAUGGGAUGCUCCAAAGUAUACUGGUGGUUGCCCAAUUUCAAAUUAUAUUGUGCAAAAGAGAGAUACAACUUCUACAACAUGGGAGAAUGUUGCAAUUUCAUUAGCAAGAACAAAAUUUAAAGUACUACGACUGAAGACCGGUGCUGAAUAUCAAUUCAGAAUCAUUGCUCAGAACAGGUAUGGCAAGAGCUAUGCUCUGGACUCUUUGACUGUUGUUGCUCAGUAUCCAUAUAGAGAACCAGGACCACCAGGAACUCCAUUUGUAUCAUGCCUAUCAAAGGACCAUAUGGUUGUUGAGUGGAAUGAGCCCAUUUCAGAUGGAGGCAGCAGCAUUAUUGGAUAUCAUCUUGAAAGGAAGGAGAGAAACAGCAUUAUUUGGACAAAGAUAAAUAAGACACUGAUUCAAGAAACAAAAUUCAAAACCAGUCCUUUAGAGGAAGGUGUUGAAUAUGAGUUCAGAGUAUAUGCUGAAAAUAUCGUUGGCAUUGGCAGAUGCAGCAAAAUCUCAGAGGGCUUUGUUGCUCGUGAUCCAUGUGAUCCUCCUGGAACCCCAGAAGCUGUCCAUGUGACUAAAAAUUCAAUAACUAUCCAAUGGACAAAACCAGAGUAUGAUGGUGGAAGUGUUAUCACUGGUUAUACUGUUGAGAAACGUGAUCUUCCUGAAGGACGCUGGAUGAAAGCAAGUUUCACAAAUGUUAUUGAAACCAAUUUUACUGUCACUGGGCUGACAGAAGGUGCCAAGUACGACUUCAGGGUAAUUGCAAAGAAUGCAGUUGGCACUAUCAGCAAACCAUCAUACAACAGUGGACCUAUUGCUGCAUUGGAUGAGGUAGAGCCACCAAAGUUCUCAAUUGACCCAGAAUACACUCAGACUCUAAUUGUGAAUGCAGGUGAUACAUUCAAACUUGAUGCUGAUGUCCAUGGUAAGCCACUUCCUGCAAUCCAGUGGUUUAAGAAUGACAAGGAGCUUGAAAACACAAUUAGAUGUGACAUCAAGAACACUGACAACAGAGCAUUGAUAAUAGUGAAAGAUGCGGUCAGACAAGAUGGUGGAAACUACACUCUUCAGCUCACUAAUGUUGCUGGAUCUCAGACUGUUCAAUUCCAUGUGAAAGUACUUGAUAAACCAGGUCCACCAGAAGGGCCUCUUCAUGUCACAGGCGUGUCCAGUGAUAAAUGCACACUGAUAUGGCGUGCUCCACUAGAUGAUGGAGGAAACACUAUCACUCAUUACAUUAUUGAGAGACGUGAGACAAGUCGACUUGCUUGGACUGUGGUCUGUAAUGAUUGCAAAACUACAACAUACAAAGUGACAAAGCUCCUGGAAGGUAAUGAAUAUAUAUUCCGUGUCAUGGCUGCAAACAGUUACGGUAUUGGUGAGCCAUUUGAAGCACCAUCCGUAAUAAUGAAAGAUCCAUUUAGUCACCCUGGAUCACCACAAAUGAUUGAGGUAACAAAUAUUGCAAAGGACUCUAUGACUAUUUGCUGGAGUACUCCAGAUACUGAUGGUGGAAGUGAAAUUAUUGGAUACAUUAUUGAGAAGAGAGACAGAUCUGGAAUUAGAUGGACAAGAUGCAACAGACAAAAAGUAACUGAUGUAUGCUUCAGAGUGCAUGGCCUAAUUGAGGAUCAUGAGUAUGAAUUCAGAGUGUCAGCUGAAAAUUCAGCUGGAAUUGGAGAACCAAGCUUGCCAACUUCGUACUACAAGGCUUGUGAUCCCAAAUACAAACCUGGCCCACCUAUGCAUGCACAUGUUGUUGAUACCACCAAGACUUCAAUUACAGUGGCAUGGGGAAAACCCCUUAAUGAUGGAGGAUGUGCAAUUCAAGGAUAUAUUGUAGAGAUCUGCAAAGCUGAAGAGGAAGAAUGGACUAUGUGCACUCCCCCUACUGGCUUACGUGUCAACAAAUUUGAAAUCGCUAAGCUAACAGAACAAAAAGAAUAUAAAAUUCAAAUAUGUGCCAUCAAUAAAUUAGGUGUUGGAGAACCUGCAGUCAUUCCAGGAACUGCCAAGCCUGAGGACAAGCUGGAGACCCCUGAAAUUCACCUGGAUUCAGAGCUAAGGAAAGGCAUUGUUGUUCGUGCUGGGGGAUCAGUAAGAAUCAAUGUACCAUUCAAAGGUAGACCAAUACCAGAUAUCAAAUGGACUAAAGAUGAAGGUGAACUGUCAGAAAAGACAGUGCUUGAAAAGAGUUUUAACUUCACCCAGCUUUCAAUUGACUCCUGUGAUAGAAGGGAUUCUGGAAAAUACACAGUUACUCUACAGAACAGCAGUGGCUCUGUCUCUGAAUUUGUGGCUGUUAAAGUGUUAGAUACACCUGGAGCACCACUAAACCUUGUAGUUAAGGAUAUCAAGAAGGACUCUGUUACACUUGUUUGGGAACCACCACUUAUUGAUGGAGGUGCAAAGAUCAAGAAUUAUAUUGUUGACAAGCGUGAAUCCACAAGAAAAGCCUAUGCAAAUAUAACAACCAAGUGUAGCAAAACAACUUAUAAGGUAGAAAAUCUUGCAGAAGGGGCCAUGUAUUAUUUCAGAGUAAUGGCUGAAAAUGAAUAUGGUGUUGGUUUGCUGGUUGAAACAAAAACUGCUUCAAAGGCAUCUGAAGUACCUCAGCCAGUUGGAAAGGUGAUGCCGACAGAUGUGACAAAAGUCAGUGCAUCUCUGACCUGGGAAAAGCCAGAGCAUGAUGGAGGUAGUAGGAUUGCAGGCUACUUAAUUGAAAUGCAGCCAAAAGGUACUGACAAAUGGGGUGUAGCAGCAAAUGUAAAAACGUGUGAAGGAACAGUCACUGGACUGACUGGCGGUCAGGAAUAUUUGUUCCGUGUUUUGGCAUACAAUGAGAAAGGCAAAAGCGAGCCAAAGCCCCUUGCUGCUCCAGUUAUUGCCAAUGACCUCACAAUUGAACCAAGCCUAAAAUUGCAGUUCAACACAUAUAGUGUCAAAUCUGGAAAGGAUUUCAAACUUGAAAUACCUAUUUUUGGACGUCCAAAACCAAAGAUCACUUGGUCAAAGGAUGGACAGUCACUUAAAGUAACAUCCAGAGUUACUACUUCCAAUACACCAACAUCCACAAUCCUGCAAAUUACUGAAGCCUGUAAAGAUGACCUUGGAAAGUAUACAGUUACUGCAACAAACAGUGUUUGUGCAGUUAAAGAAGAUAUCAGUAUCAUAAUCCUGGAUAAACCUGGUCAACCCACAGGACCAAUAAAAGUGAAUGAAGUGAGCAACAAUUCUGUUUCCAUCUCAUGGGAACCUCCGGAGUAUACAGGAGGCUGCCAAGUAAAGCAUUACAUUGUUGAAAAGCGAGACACCACUGAAACUACUUGGCAAGUUGUUGCUGGAUCAGUUGCUAGGACAUCUCUCAAAAUUACCAAGCUGAAAACAGGUGCUGAGUAUCAGUUUAGAGUCGUUGCUGAGAACAGAUAUGGUAAGGGUGCUCCUUUGGAUUCAAAGACCAUUGUUGUGCAAUAUCCUUACAAACCACCUGGGCCACCUGGUACUCCAUAUGUGAAAUCUGCCACCAAGGAUCAAAUGAUAAUUGAGUGGAAUGAACCAGUCAGUGAUGGUGGCAGUUCAGUGUUUGGAUACCAUCUUGAGAGCAAAGAAAGAACAAGUAUUCUAUGGACAAAACUAAACAAAACCCUUAUUACUGAUACUGUUUUCAAAAUAUGCAAUCUUGAAGAAGGCAUUGGAUAUGAAUUUAGGGUAUAUGCUGAAAACAUUGUUGGUAUUGGCAGAGCAAGCAAAGUUUCAGAGAGCUUUGUUGCCCGUGACCCAUGUGAUCCACCCGGAACACCUGAGGCUGUUGGAAUAUCAAAGGACCACAUUAAGAUUCAGUGGACAAAGCCUCAAUAUGAUGGUGGCAGCAAAGUGACUGGAUAUAUUGUUGAGAGAAGAGAUUUGCCUGAGGGCAGAUGGAUGAGGGCAAAUUUUACCAAUGUAAUUGAGAAAGAAUUUACAAUCACAGGCUUAACAGUAAACAAUCGAUAUGAAUUUAGAGUAAUUGCAAGAAAUGCAGUGGGUGUCUUCAGUGAGCCUUCAGACAGCACUGGACCAAUUACUGCUACAGAUGAAAUUGAACCUCCUAGUGUUUCAAUGGAUCCUAAGUAUAAGGAUGUAAUUGUUGUCAAUGCUGGAGCCAACAUAGUUUUGGAUGCAGAUAUACAUGGUAAACCCACACCUGAUAUUCAGUGGCUAAAAGAAGGAAAGGAAAUGGAUAAGACAUUGCGUAUUGAAUUAAGAAGUACACAAAAAUAUGCUUCUAUUACAAUAAAAGAUUGUACAAGAUUGGAUGGUGGACACUAUGACCUUAUAUUAAGCAACAGUGGUGGAACAAAAACAAUUCCAAUAACAGUAAAAGUUCUUGACAGGCCAGGUCCACCAACCGGACCACUACGAGUGACUGGCGUCAUGUCUGACAAAUGUCAUCUGUCCUGGUCUGAGCCCUCUCAGAAUGGUGGAGCUAAUAUUUCUCAUUACAUCCUUGAGAAAAGGGAAACUAGCAGACUAUCAUGGACUGUUGUUGAUUCUAACAUUCCUACUGUGAAUUAUAAAGUGACCAAGCUCUUGCCAGGUGAUGAGUAUAUCUUUAGAGUUAUGGCUGUCAACAAAUAUGGCAUUGGUGAACCUCUGGAAUCUGAGGCAAUUAUUGCACGCAAUCCAUACAAGCCACCAGGUGCGCCAUCAACACCAGAAGCAAGUGAGAUAACAAAGGAUUCAAUAACUCUAUCAUGGAAUGCCCCAGAGAGCAAUGGUGGAGCAGAAAUUACGGGUUAUCACUUAGAGAAGCGUGACAAAGAUGGUGUGAGGUGGACAAAAUGCAACCGACAGAAGCUGACCAAUCUGCAUUUCAAAGUAACUGGUCUGUCAGAGGGACAUUUCUAUGAGUUCCGUGUGUCUGCUGAAAAUGAAUCUGGUGUGGGAGAAUUUAGUGACCUAUCUCUAUUUUAUAGAGCAAUAAAUGCCACAACUCCCCCAGGUCCACCUCAUCAUCCUAAAGUGACAGAUCACACAAGCUCAUCUGUCUCUCUGUCUUGGGGAAAACCUGCUACAGAUGGUGGUGCAUAUAUUAAAGGUUAUAUUGUUGAGAUGAAAGAUGUUUCUUCAGAGGAAUGGAUCAUAUGCACACCUCCAGCUGGUAUUCAAGCAACACGCCUCACAGUUGAAAACCUGAAGGAAAAUGUUGAAUAUAAUUUCCGUGUUUGUGCAAUUAAUUCUGAAGGAGUUGGUGAACCUGCUGAUGUUCAUGGAUCUGUGACUGCAUCUGAAAAGAUUGAAGCACCUGAAAUUGAACUUGAUGCUGACCUCAGGAAAGUUGUCUCUGUUCGUGCAGGAGGAUCCCUUCGUCUUUUCAUUACAAUUAGAGGUCGACCUGAGCCAUCCAUCAAAUGGGAAAAGGAGGAUGGGACUCUAACUGAGCGUGCUCAGAUUGAGUCAACCAGUUCAUACACCAUGCUUGUAAUUGACAAUGUCAAUAGAUUUGACAGUGGAAAAUAUGUCUUGACUCUUGAGAACAAGAGUGGCACAAAAUCAGCAUUUGUUAAUGUCAGGGUGCUUGAUACACCAAGUUCUCCACAGAAGUUUGAAGUGAAAGAUGUAAAGAAAGAUUCAGUGACUCUCUGCUGGUACCCACCACUUACAGAUGGUGGGGCUAAAAUAACCAAUUAUGUUGUUGAGAAGCGAGAAUCUACAAGGAAAGCUUAUACAACUGUCACAAGCAACUGCACACAGACGUCCUUUAAAGUGGAUGAACUGCAGGAAGGAGGCAUUUUCUACUUCCGUGUAUGUGCUGUUAAUGAGUAUGGCUUUGGUGUGAUGGCAGAAACAAAGAAUCCUAUUAAGGUUGCACAGGUACCUAUGCCUCCAGGAAAAGUAACUCUUGUGGAUGUCACAAAGAAUUGUGUUACACUUACUUGGGUUAAGCCUGUCCACGAUGGAGGCAGUAAAAUCAUCUGCUACAAUGUAGAGAUGCAACCCAAGAGUAGUGACAAAUGGGGUGUAAGCUGCACAGUUAAGGUUCCAGAGGCUACUGUGAGCAACCUCACGCCUGGUGAAACAUACUCAUUCAGGGUUAUAGCAUUGAAUGAGAAGGGCAAGAGUGAGCCUCAAGAACUUGGUGUACCUGUUGUAGCUAAAGAUAUUGAGAUUGAACCCUCUGUUCACCUGCUGUUCAAUACAUACAGUGUUAAGGCUGGAGAUGAUCUUACUGUGGAAGUUCCUGUGAGAGGCAGGCCUAAGCCAGUUGUCUCUUGGAAGAAGGAUGGCCUUCCUUUGAGGCAAACAACCUCUCUUUCAAUUGUCAACACGAUGGUGUCAAGUAAAAUCGUCAUCAAAGAAGCUGCUAUUGAGCAUGUUGGUAAAUAUGAAAUCAGCCUUGCUAAUACAGCAGGCACCAAGUCCACAGACAUUGGUGUUGUUGUUCUUGAUGAACCUGGGCCACCAGCUUCCGUGAAGGUUGAUGCUGUGACUUCUGACAGUAUUACAUUGUCAUGGGCCCCUCCAGAAUAUGAUGGUGGAUGCUCCAUCAAUAAUUACAUUGUUGAGAAGAGAGAUACUAACACAACAGAGUGGCAGAUUGUUUCAACAAAUGUUGCCAGAACCUCAGUCAAAGUACCUCGAUUGACACAGGGUUCUGAGUACCAGUUACGCAUCUAUGCAGUGAAUCGCUAUGGAAAGGGUAAGCCAAUUGACUCUCCAGGAAUUACUGCAGAGUACACAUUCAAACAGCCUGGGCCACCUUCUACACCCCGUGUAGCUCAUGCCACCAAGGUCUUCAUGCUUGUCACAUGGAAUGAGCCAGUUAAUGAUGGUGGUAGCACAGUCCUUGGCUAUCAUUUAGAACGCAAGGAGAGAAGCAGUAUUUUUUGGACAAAGGUGAACAGGACAAUUAUCAAGGAUACUGAAUUCAAAGUAACUGGCAUUGAGGAAGGCAUGACAUAUGAAUUCCGUAUCUAUGCUGAAAAUAUUGCUGGAAUUGGGAAAGCAAGCAAAGCCAGUGAGCCCAUAGCUGCACGAGAUCCUUGUGAUCCUCCUAGUCAGCCUGUAGUAACUAGCAUUACCAAAUCCUCUGUAUCUCUUUUUUGGACAAAGCCUGAGUAUGAUGGUGGAGCCAAAGUUACUGGCUACAUAAUUGAACGUAGAGAUCUCCCAGAGGGUCGCUGGAUAAGAUGCAAUUUUACUAAUGUUAUAGAGACUUGUUUUGAUGUUACUGGCCUAACAUUGGAUGAGAAGUAUGAUUUCCAUGUCAUCGCAAAGAAUGCUGCUGGACUAUUCAGUGAGCCAUCUGACAACACUGGUCCUAUUACAGUUAAAGAUAAUGUAGAUCCACCACGUAUUAUGAUGGAUGUCAAGUUCAAGGAUGUUGUGGUAGUAAAAGCUGGGGAUACCCUGAAGAUUAAUGCUGACAUUGCAGGGCGCCCACUUCCAGUUGCAUCUUGGUUAAAGGAUGGGCGUGAAAUUGAACAGAAGGCAAGAAUUCAGAUAACUGGAACAGAUACUAGUACUAUGAUAGUAGUUAAAGACUGCAAAAGGAGUGAUUCUGGACAGUAUGCUUUGACUUUACAGAAUGUUGCAGGAAGUGUCACGACACCAGUAAACUGUGUUAUUCUGGAUAAACCAGGACCUUCAGCAGGACCACUAUCAGUAACAGGCCUCACAGCAGAGGAAUGCACAUUGUCAUGGGGACCACCACAAGAAAUUGGUGGCUCUGAAAUAACACAUUAUGUUCUUCAGAAACGAGAGACCAGUCGAUUGGCAUGGACACUUGUACAUGGAGAGGUCAAAACCACAACAUUCAAGGUCACUAAGCUCCUAAAAGGAAAUGAGUACAUAUUCAGAGUAUUAGCUGUCAACAAGUUUGGACUUGGUGAAGCCCUUGAAAGUGAAAUGGUCAAGGUCACUGAACCAUACACUAUCCCUGCAGCUCCAACAAAUGUUGAAAUUACAAGCGUGACCAGUGAGGAAAUGAGGCUAACAUGGGCAAAGCCUGCAUCUGAUGGAGGCAGUGAGAUCCUUGGAUAUGUAAUUGAAAGGCGAGAUAAAUCUGGUCUUCGCUGGGUCCGUGUGAACAGGGACAUUGUGAAAGACCUAACAGCUGUGAUAUCAAAAGUAAGAAGAGGAUGUGAGUAUGAGUUUAGAGUUUAUGCUGAAAAUGCAGCAGGCUUGAGUCUAGCCAGUGACCCAUCUCCUUCAGCAAGGGCAGAGGAUGAACUUUUGGUACCAUCCCCACCAACUAAACCUAAGAUUCUGGAUCAUACCAAGAAUUCAAUUACUAUUGCCUGGAAAAAGCCAUUAUCUGAUGGUGGUGCACAGAUCCUUGGAUACAGUGUAGAAUAUAAGAAAUCUGAGGAUGAGGAAUGGAUUGUGGUUAUUCAGAUGACAAAAAGCAAUGAAUUCACAGUUUCUGGUCUUACAACUGAUGUGGAGUAUGUAUUUGCUGUUAAAGCAGUUAACAAACUUGGUGUCAGUGAACAGUCACCUGUCUCUGAGUCACAGUCAGCAACGGAGAGAAAGGAGGAACCUGUAUUUGACGUUGACAUUGAGAUGCGAAAAACUUUAAUUGUCAAGCAUGGUAAUUCAUUUACUUUGACGGCUCUGUUUAAAGGAAAGCCAGUACCUUCAGUUACAUGGAAUAAAGAGGAGGUUGAUCUCAAAGCAAGGGCAAGCAUAGAAACAACAGAAACAUGCACAUCUAUUACUGUUGAGAAAGCAACAAGAAAUGACUCUGGACAAUACAUUGUUACUUUGGACAAUGGUGUUGGAACAGCAUCUUUGCCAAUGGUGGUCAAAGUCCUUGAUAGCCCUGGACCACCAACUAAUGUGAAAAUUACAGAAGUCACAAAAGAUUCUGCAACAGUUACUUGGGAGCCUCCAGAGAAUGAUGGAGGAGAUGCUGUUAAGGCUUAUCAUGUUGAGAAACGUGAAGCAAGCAAAAAGGCCUGGGUAUGCGUAACAAGCAACUGCCACAGUCUGACAUACAAGGUUGAAGACUUGCAAGAAGGUGCAAUUUACUAUUUUAGAGUCGCUGGAGAAAAUGAGUUUGGAUCAGGUGUACCUGUUGAAACUAAAGAUGGAACCAAGAUUACAGAAAAACCAAGUCCACCUGCUAGACUUGGUGUUACUGCGGUAACAAAAAAUAGCAUCACCAUUGCAUGGUCAAAACCAGAGUAUGAUGGUGGAAGCCGAAUUACCAGCUACCUCAUUGAUGCCCUUGGAAAGGGCCAACAGAAGUGGGUUAAAUGUGCCACUGUUAAAGCCAACACCCACAUAAUUAAGGGCCUAAGGGAAAAUGCAGAAUACUUUUUCAGAGUUCGUGCUGAGAAUCACGCUGGACUUAGUGAACCAAAAGAAAUGAUUAUCCCUGUGGUUGUGAAAGAUCAACUGGAUGCCCCUGAGUUUGAUAUGAAAAAUUUCCCACACAACACUGUUUAUGUGAGAGCAGGAUCAAAUCUUAAAUUUGAGCUUCCUCUCUCUGGUAAACCAAUGCCAAAAGUCAUGAUGUCAAGAGGGAAUGCUCCAGUGAAGUGCGGCAAGAGAUUCAGCUUUGAAGUAACCCAUGAAAGUCUUAAUAUCAACCUCAAGGAAAGUAUUGCAAGUGAUGCUGGAAGAUAUGACAUUGUUGCCUCAAACACAAGUGGAACCACCAAGAUGUUUGUAAACAUACUGGUCCUGGAUAGACCAGGUCCUCCCGUUGGACCUAUUGAAGUUAGUGAUGUGGGAGAGACAAGCUUGUGUCUCAAAUGGCUCCCACCUGUGUAUGAUGGUGGCAGUCCUGUUACAAACUAUGUUGUUCUUAAACGUGAAACAAGUACUCCAGCCUGGACAGAAGUGUCAUCCACAAUUGCAAGAAGCUCAAUUAAAGUCACCAAACUUACAAAGGGAGAAGGAUACCAGUUCAGGGUUAAAGCUGAGAAUCGCUUUGGCAUCAGUGAUCACAUUGAUUCUCAUUCAGUUACAGUGAAGCUUCCAUACACUAUCCCUGGACCACCAUCAACACCAUGGCUUGGUUAUGUGUCAAGGGAGAGCCUCACUGUUUGUUGGAAUGAGCCAGUAUUAGAUGGAGGAAGCCCAGUGGUUGGAUACCAUGUCCAGAUGAAAGAAAGAAGCAGCAUUCUUUGGCAGACGGUGAACAAAACAGCAAUCCCUGCAACUCAAAUUAGAGUGACAAAUAUAUGUCCUGGAAUAAUUUACGAAUUCAAGGUAGCUGCAGAAAAUGCAGCUGGUAUUGGAAAGUUCAGCAAGACAUCAGAAGAAGUGCUAGCAAUUGAUGCCUGCGAACCACCGGCAAAUGUGAGAAUUUCUGAGGUUACAAAAAAUUCAAUUAGCCUUGUAUGGCAGAAGCCUCCAUUUGAUGGUGGAAGCAAAAUCACUGGCUACAUGGUUGAGCGAAGAGAUGCUCCAAAUGGCAGAUGGACAAAGGCAAACUUUACCAAUGUCAUUGAUACUAACUUCACUGUGUCAGGCUUGACUCAGGAUCAGGCAUAUGAAUUAAGGAUUUUUGCCAAGAAUGCAGUUGGCUCGAUCAGCAACCCAUCUCUAAUUGCAGGACCAGUAACUUGUGUUGACAUUUCUGGUGCUCCAGUAAUUGACCUACCCCCAGAGUAUUUGGAUGUUGUGCAGUACAAAGCUGGUACAUCAUUCAAAAUCAAAGUGGGAAUAUUUGCCAAACCCUUGCCAACUAUUGAAUGGCUUAAAGAUGAAAAGGAGCUAGUGUCAAGUGCACAGCUGUCAAUUGAGAACACAACUGACUCAUCUUCCAUCCUCAUUAAGGAUGCUACUCGUCUUAAUACUGGAACCUAUGAGCUCAAAAUUAAAAAUGUGUUUGGCACAGCAUCUGCUUCUAUCAGAAUACAGAUUUUAGACAAACCUGGACCUCCAGCUGGACACAUUGAAUUCAAAUCAGUCACUGCUGACAAGAUAACAAUUGCAUGGGAACCAGUGGCUGAUGAAGGAGGUGCCAAAUUAACUCAUUACAUUGUAGAAAAACGAGAGACAAGUAGAGUAGUGUGGUCCACAGUUUCUGAAGCAAUGGAAGCACGUACUGUCACAGUCCAAAAGUUGGCCAGAGGAAAUGAAUACAUAUUCCGUGUCAGAGGUGUUAACAAAUUUGGAGCUGGAGAUGCUCUGGAGUCUGAGCCUGUAAUUGCCAAAAAUUCAUUCGUUUCUCCUGGACAACCUUCUACACCUGAAGCAACAGAUAUCACCAGAACAUCAAUGCAAAUUGUUUGGGAUAAACCUAGUGUGGAUGGUGGUAGCAUGGUUACAGGAUACUAUCUGGAGAGACGUAACAAGAAGAGCCUGCGCUGGGUAAAAGUGUACAAGGACCCCAUUAGUGACACCAAAGCAAAGGUCCAUCAUCUCACAGAAGGAAAUGAAUAUCAGUAUCGUGUAUGUGCAAUCAAUAAAGCUGGGGAAGGUCCAUACUCAGAUGUUUCUGACUUCUACAAAGCUGCUGAUCCAGUUGACCCACCAUGUGAACCAACUAAGCUCAAGGUAGUGGACUCGACUAAAACAUCAAUUACACUUGGAUGGUCAAAGCCAGAGUAUGAUGGAGGCAGUGAAAUCACCAGCUAUGUUGUAGAAAAAAGAGUUGGUGAGGAUGGGGAGUGGACAGUGAUUAGCCAUAAGGGAGAAGUGAGAACCACAGAGUAUGUUGCCUCAGAUCUUAAACCAGAUAUUGACUACUACUUCCGUGUAUCUGCUGUUAAUUGUGCUGGACGUGGAGACCCAAUAGAAAUGGAAGAGGCAGUACAAGCCAAAGACAUUCUUGAGGAAGCCCAGGUUGAUAAGGAUGUUGCAAUGAGAACUCACUACAUUGUGAAAGCUGGUAAAGAUGUUGAAAUCAUGGUGCCCCUGAAAGGCAGACCUGCUCCAAGUAUCUCUUGGAAGAAGGAAGACCAGAACAUUGACAAUGAUCCUAAAUAUGACAUUCACAACACAGACACGUCAUCGUGUCUCAUAAUUACACAAGUAACUCGAAACGACACUGGUAAAUACACCAUUAAUAUAUCAAAUGGUGUAGGAGAACCAAAGUCCUUAACUGUGUCUGUUAAAGUACAGGACACUCCAGCUGCUUGUAAGAAUUUGAUCUUAAAAGACGUCACUCGUGGGAAAGUUACACUUUGCUGGGAGUCUCCUCUAUUGGAUGGUGGUGCUGAAAUUACCAAUUUUGUUGUUGAGAAAAGAGACUCUUCAAAGCGUACAUAUGCCUGUGUAACAAAUAAGUGCAAAGAAACCACAUGCGUAAUUGAAGAACUCUCUGAGAAAGCAUCAUUCUUCUUCCGUGUAUUAGCAGAAAAUGAGAAUGGAGUUGGAGAUCCAUGUGAAACAGCAGAGCCAGUUAAAGCCACAGAGACACCAGGACCAGUCAAAGACCUUUCUAUGAAAGAUUCCACAAAGACUUCAGUAACACUACAAUGGAACAAACCAGAUUAUGAUGGUGGUAGCAUUAUUACAGACUACAUAAUUGAAAAGAAACUCCAAGGUCAAGAAGAAUGGGCCCCUGCUGGCACAAACAAGCACUGUGAACAUGAAGUUACAAAGCUUAAGGAACUCACUGAAAUGUUUUUCAGAGUUUGUUCUAAGAAUGAAAAGGGUACUAGUGACUUUGUUGAAAUCGGAUCAAUUAAAGUAAAGGACUACAUUAUCCCACCAGAAGCAAACCUUAAAGAGUAUCCUGAUGGACAAAUCAGUGUACAUUUGGGACACAAUGUUCAUGUUGAAUUGCCAUACAAGGGUAAACCAAGACCAACCAUUCUUUGGUUAAAGGACAAUUUACCACUGAAGGAGAGUGAAAAAAUCCGCUUCAAGAAGACUGAAAACAAAGCCACUCUAAUGAUAAAAAAUGUGGAGAAAGAGAAUGGAGGCAAAUACACACUUACUCUUGACAACACAUUCUUCAGAAAAUCAUUUCAUAUACAGGUUAUUACCCUUGGACCACCCGCUAAACCUGUUGGACCUAUCCGCUUGGAUGAGGUCAGAGCAGAAAGUAUAGCUAUAUCUUGGGAUGAGCCAAAUGAUAAUGGGGGUGGAGAAAUCACUUGUUACACUGUUGAGAAACGUGACACCUCUCAGACAGACUGGAAAAUGGCUUGUUCAAGUGUGAUUGGAACAUCAUUUAUGGUACCCAAUCUGAUCAAGGGAAUUCAAUAUCAGUUCAGAGUCUGUGCAGAAAAUAGAUAUGGUGCAAGUGAACCUGUAGUUUCUCAAAAUGUCAUUGCCAAGCAUGAGUUCAGACCACCUGGCCCACCAGGCAUGCCAUUGGUUUACAAUGUUACAAAUGAUGGCAUGACUAUUCAGUGGGAUGCACCUAUUUUUGAUGGAGGUUGUCCAAUCCUUGGGUUCCAUGUUGAAAAGAAGGAGAAGAACAGCAUAAUGUGGCAAAAGGUCAACAUAGUCUUGGUGAAAGAAAGGGAGUACAGGAUUCUUGGUCUCAUUGAAGGCUUGGAAUAUCAGUUCAGAGUCUACGCCCAGAAUGAUGCUGGAUACAGUCGCAUGAGUGAUGCAUGCAAACCUGUAAUGGCUGUUUCUCCAGUUGAUCCUCCUGGUACCCCUGACUAUGUUGAUGUAACAAGUGAAUCAGUUAAACUGAAAUGGGAAGCGCCCAAGCGUGAUGGUGGAAGCAAAAUUGUUGCCUAUAAUGUGGAGCAACGACAGGGCAAAGGACGGUGGUUAAAGAGCAAUUUUUCAAAUGUGACUGACACAGAAUUUACAGUGACUGGUCUUGCUUGCGGUGAACGCUAUGAAUUUAGAGUCAUAGCAAGAAAUGCUAUCGGUACAGUGAGCCCACCCUCUCAGUCUUCUGGAUAUGUCUUAGUCAGAGAUGAGAGCUUUGCUCCAAACAUUGAGUUUGGACAGGAAUACUUUGAGGGAGUGUCUAUUAAAGCUGGAGAAAACAUCAGGCUAAAAGUAACAAUCAUUGGAAGACCAACACCAAAAGUUACCUGGUACAGAGAUAAUAUUGAAUUAACCAAGAAAAUGGUUGAUUUCACAACAAUUUCUGGAUCAAGUACCCUCUUUAUCAGAGAUGCUGACCGUAGUCACCGUGGUCUUUAUACUGUGGAAGCCAUAAAUCCCUCAGGAGCUAAAAAGGAAUCAGUGAAAGUUGAAGUCUUUGAUACACCUGGUGAACCUGUUGGACCAAUCACAUUCUCAGAUAUCUCUGAGGGCAAAGUAACACUUUCAUGGAAUCCACCUGAGAAUGAUGGCUGUUCUGAGGUCACUCAUUACAUUGUUGAGAAGCGUGAAACCUCUAAAAUUUCAUGGGCACUUGUUACGGAUGAGUGCUUGGCAUGCACAUACAUUGCCACCAAACUGAUCAAGACAAAUGAGUAUCAGUUCCGUGUUUCUGCAGUCAAUAGGUUUGGUGUUAGCAGACCACUGGAUUCAGCACCCGUGAUUGCACAGAUGCAAUACACUGUUCCAGAUUCUCCUGGAACUCCAGAUGCAACAGAUGUUGACGGAGAGAGUAUCACAAUCAGCUGGGCUCCACCAACACAUGAUGGUGGAAACCCAAUUAAAUAUUACAUUGUGGAAAGACGUGAAAAGAAAACUGGUCGCUGGCUGAAAGUCAUAACAAGGAAACCCAUUGUUGAGGCUGCACACAGAGUGACUCAUCUCACUGAGUAUGUGGAAUAUGAAUUCCGUGUGUAUGCUGUAAAUGAUGCUGGAAUUGGAGCACCAAGCAACAUUUCAAUGCCUAUUAAAUGUGCAGAGCCAACUGAAGAACCUGAUGCCCCAUCUAUCGUCAAUGUUACUGACACUACCAAUACAUCUGUCAGCUUGGAAUGGACCAGACCUGCCUAUGAUGGUGGUAUGGAAAUCCAUGGCUACAUUAUUGAGAUGUGCAAGGGAUCUGAACAGGAAUGGCACAGAGUCAAUGAGGAUCUUUGUGCUGUCACAAAAUACAAUGUCACUGGUUUGGAAACUGGUGCAGAGUACAAGUUCCGUAUUUGUGCAGUCAAUUCUGUUGGAAAGGGUGAAGCCAAAGAAAUACCUGAGUCUGUACAGGCAGUAGACAGGCUCUUGGCACCAGAAAUUGACAUAGAUGCAUCCUUCAAACAGACACAUAUUGUGAAAAGUGGUGGAAGUGUAUGUAUCCGUAUUGGCUUUAAGGGAAAGCCAACACCUACAGCUUCCUGGACAAAAGUAGAUGGAGAACUUGGUGUUAUGACAGACAUCACCACCACUGAGACAUUCACAGCCUUGACACUGGAAAACUGCACUAGAAAUGAUACUGGAAAAUAUACUCUCACUCUUGAGAACAGUAGUGGCAAUAAAUCUAUCACUAUUGCAGUCAAAGUGUUGGACACACCUGGUGUACCAGGGGCUCUCUCAAUCAAGGAAGUCACAAGAGGAGCUCUCACAAUUGCUUGGAAACCUCCUACCAAUGACGGUGGCGCACGUGUUCAUCAUUACAUUGUUGAGAAACGUGAGGCAAGCCGUCGUACAUGGACAGAGGCAGCACCCAAGACCACUCAAACAAGCUUGAGAGUUUCUGAUCUCCUGGAAGGUGUACCUUAUUUCUUCAGAGUCGUGGCUGAGAAUCAGUAUGGUCUUGGUGAAGCGUAUGAAAUGCCUGAUCCAGUUAUUGCCACAGCUGAACCUGCUCCACCAAAGAGAGUUGAUAUCAUUGAUACAACUGACACAUCAGCAACCCUGGUCUGGCUUAAGCCAGAGCAUGAUGGAGGAAGCCGUAUCACAGGCUAUUGUGUGGAAUCCAAGGCAAAAGAUGCAGAUAAAUGGAUUGUUUGUGGUACAACGAAAAACCUAAGCCUCGUAAUUGAAGGACUUAUAGAGAACAGUGAGUAUGAAUUCCAUGUCAAGGCAAAGAAUGAUUCUGGGUUCAGUAUGCCAAGAGAAGCUUUCUCCUCAGUCAUCAUUAAAGAGCCGCGGAUUGAACCUACUGCUGAUCUCAGUGGUAUCAGCAACCAACUCAUUACUAGCAGGAUUGGCGAAUCUUUUGAGAUUGAUGUUCCAAUUAGUGGAAGACCAGCUCCAAAGGUAUCCUGGAAGCUUGAGGAAAUGAGGCUGAAAGAAACUGACAGGGUUUCAAUCAAAACUACCAAAAACAGGACCACUCUCACAGUUAAAGAUUGCAUGAGAGGUGAUGGAGGCAGAUAUUUCCUCACUCUUGAGAAUGUCACUGGGUCAAAGACUUUCACUGUCACUGUCAAUGUUAUUGGCAGACCAAGCCCUCCAGAGGGCCCAAUUGAGAUUUCCUCGAUUACAUCAGAGUCAUGCGUACUGUCAUGGAAUCUACCUGAGGAUGACGGUGGAACAGACAUCACUAACUACAUUGUUGAGAAGCGUGAAUCUGGCUCCACUGCUUGGCAGCUUAUUAACUCAAGUGUAAAGCACACUUCUUUCCAUAUUUCUCAUCUUACUAAAUACAUGCAGUAUACUUUCCGUAUCUGUGCUGAAAACCGUUUUGGUGUGAGCAAACCAACAGAGUCUGAGACGAUUGUUGCAGAGCAUCCAUUUGUUCCUCCAGGCCCUCCAACAAGACCAGAAGUGUUCACUGUAACCGCCAACAGCAUGAGCAUUCGUUGGGAGGAACCGUACCAUGAUGGUGGCAGCAAAGUCACUGGAUACUGGAUUGAAAAGAAGGAGCGUAACAUAAUUCUCUGGGUGAGAGAAAACAAGAUUCCCUGCUUUGAAUGCUACUACAAGGUGGAAGGCCUUGUUGAGGGUCUUGAAUACCAGUUCAGAGUGUAUGCAAUGAAUAGCGCUGGCCUCAGCAAAGCAAGCGAAGCAUCAAAGAGAGCUGUGGCUCAAAAUCCAGUUGAUCCUCCGGGAAAACCAGAGGUUACAAAUGUAUCAAGAUCAACAGUCUCAAUCAAAUGGUCUGUGCCCCUAAACGAUGGUGGAAGCCCAAUCACAGGCUACAUUGUUGAGCGCAAGCCAUAUACUGUCACUGGAGAAGGUCGCUGGCUUAAGUGUAACUACACUAAUGUUACUAACACAAAUUUCACUAUCACUGCACUGGGAGAAGGAGAGGAAUAUGAAUUCCGUGUAAUUGCCAAAAAUGCAAAUGGAGUGUUGAGCCUGCCAUCAGUUUCAACAGGACCAGUGACCUGCAAAGCAGAAUACAUUCCUCCUAAAGCAGAGCUGGACAGCAAACUCCUUGUGGACACAGUUAUAAUUAGAGCUGGAUCUGAUCUGGUGCUGGAUGCUGCUGUUGGUGGUAAGCCUGAGCCUAAAGUCAGCUGGUCCAAGGGUACAAAAGAGCUAGAGCUUUGUGAAAAAUAUGCUCUCCAGUACUCAAGUACACGUGCUCUGGCAAUCAUCAAGUUCUGUGACAGAGAUGACACUGGGAAGUAUGUUCUGACAGUUAGAAAUGCAAGUGGAACAAAAACUGCUGAGGUCAAUGUUAAAGUGCUUGAUACACCUGGCCCCUGUCAGGAGAUUAUAGUCAGCAAUGUCUCUGAGGAAAAAUGCACAGUGUCUUGGAAAGAGCCACUGGAGGAUGGUGGUGACCCCAUCACACAUUACAUUGUUGAAAGAAGGGAUACCAAUAGACUUAACUGGGUUAUCAUGGAGGCUGAAUGCAAAGCCCUAACAUGUGAAAUGAAAAGACUUUUCAAGAACAAUGAAUAUAUCUUCCGUGUGAGAGGUGUGAACAAGUAUGGAUCUGGUGUGGCAGUACAGUCUACCCCCAUCUUUGCCAGAAACUCAUUCACUGUCCCAUCACCCCCUGCAACACCAGAAAUCCUUGCAGUUGGAAAAGACUAUGCAACGAUCGAGUGGCUGAAGCCUGAGAGCGAUGGUGGCAGUGAAGUCACAAACUACUUGAUUGAGUUCCGUGAAAGAAAGAGUGUAAGAUGGAUCAAGGUUAACAGAGAUUCUAUUCUCAAGGAGACAUCCUUCAAAGUCACUGGUCUCCAUGAAAGCAACAUUUACCAGUUCCGCAUUACAGCCAUGAAUGCAGCUGGUGAUAGUGAACCUAGUGAAGUGUCAAUGUAUGCAGUAUGUAGAGUACCAACAGGCACUCCAGAUCCACCUUCAAUUCCAAGGGUUACAGACACACACAAAGAUAGUAUUAGCCUUGCCUGGACACGACCAGUUGAAGAUGGAGGUGCAGAUGUUAUUGGUUAUGUUCUUGAGAUACAAGAAGCUGGUGCAGAGGAAUGGACAAAAGUGCAUGAAAAGAAUCUUAGGGUGACAGAACACACAGUUGCAGGUCUUUCUGCUGGCAAAAAAUACUGUUUCAGAGUUACAGCAGUCAAUGUAAAUGGAAUGGGUGAUUUCAGUGAUCCUUGUGCAGAGACUGAGCCUGUGGAAAGAACUGAAAUUCCUGACCUUGAGCUGUCUGAUGAACUGACAAAGACAAUUUGUCUGAGAGCAGGAAGUUCUCUGCGGCUCCAUGUUACUGUUACUGGUAGACCAAUCCCAACUGUAACCUGGACCAAACCCGGUGUGGACCUCCAAAAUCGUGGCUUUAUUGAAGUGACAAAUACUGCUACAACUCUCAUUAUUGACAAGGUGCACCGCUAUGAUGCUGGUAGAUAUACAAUUGAAGCUUCAAAUUCAGCUGGGAAGAAGGAUGCAAGCAUUCUUGUGAAAAUCUAUGAUACACCUGGUCCAACUGGUCCAAUUAAGGUGAAAGAGCUUACAAAAGAUUUUGCUCAUAUUACUUGGGAUGCUCCUGAGGUUGAUGGUGGAGCACCUGUCAAUAAUUACAUCAUUGAAAGACGAGAGGCAUCAAUGAGAGCAUACAAAACUGUCACAUCCAAAUGCAGCAAGACAUCAUACAAAAUAACUGGUCUGACAGAAGGAAUGCUGUAUUAUUUCAGAGUCUUACCAGAGAAUAUCUAUGGUAUUGGUGAACCUUGUGAGACAAGCGAUGUUGUGUUGGUGUGCGAAGUUCCACUUCCACCAGCCAAGCUUGAAGUUGUAGAUGUAACCAAAUCCAGUGUAUCACUUGCCUGGGAGAAACCUUUACAUGAUGGAGGCAGCAGAAUCACUGGCUACAUUGUUGAGGCUUGUAAAGCUGGUACUGACAAGUGGAUGAAGGUGGCAACUUUGAAACUUACAGACUUUGAGUUCACUAUCAUGUCACUUAAUGAGAAUGAGCAGUACUUCUUCAGGGUACGUGCUGUCAACAGCAGAGGAGCUGGUGAGCCAAAAGAAAUUGUUACAGCUGUGACAGUUCAAGAUCAAAGAGUCAUGCCAAAGGCUGAUCUAUCAGCUAUUCCACAGAAGACGAUAAGUGUUUUGGCAGGCAAACCCCUUGAGCUUGACUUACCAAUUAUAGGAAGACCACCACCAGUUUGUUCUUGGUUCUUCAAUGACAAUAGGUUAAAGAUUGUGGAGCGUGUGAAGAUAAAGUCAACUGGAAAAUUCUCUAAAUUAACUAUUCUUGACACUACCAUUGAUGACAGUGGAGUGUAUACUCUUGAGGUAAAAAACAUAACAGGAGUAACUACUGAAAACAUCAAAGUCAUCAUUCUUUCCAAACCUGAUGAGCCUCAAGGACCCAUCCGAUUUGAUGAAAUUGACGCAACAUCAGUCACAAUAAGCUGGGAUCCACCUAUGAGAGAUGGUGGUGCACCAAUUAGCAACUAUGUUGUUGAACAACGUGAUGCUCAUCGUCCAGGAUGGGUACCUGUAUCGGAAUCAGUUACCAGACCAACAUUCAAAUUUGACAGGUUGACAGAGGGCGAUGAAUAUGUGUUCCGUGUCGCAGCAACCAAUCGCUAUGGCACUGGGGAUUACUUACAGUCAGAAAUCAUAAUGUGCAAGAGCUCCAAAUCCAUUUCCGGGCCGCCUGGAAGACCCAUUGUAUUUGAUGUAUCACGUGAUGGCAUGACUGUUGCAUGGGAGCCACCAGAUGAGGAUGGAGGCUUAGAGGUGUCUGGCUACAUUAUUGAACGCAAGGAGGUCAGAUCUGAUAGGUGGAUCCGUGCUAAUAAAAAUCCAGUGACAAUGACAAGAUACAGAUCCACUGGAUUAAUUGAAGGCCUGGAAUAUGAACACAGAGUGACAGCCAUCAAUGCUCGUGGUGUCGGCAAACCUAGCCUUCUUUCUAAACCAGCAGUAGCAACUGAUCCAGUUGAUCCACCAGGGUCACCUCAAAACCCACGAGUCACAGAUACCACAAAAUCUUCUGUGUCUCUGGCCUGGAGUCCUCCAGAUGAGGAGGGUGGUGCUAAGGUUACAGGCUAUCUAAUUGAGAUGCAAAGGGUUGGAUCAGUAACCUGGUUGAAGUGCAACGCUACACCUUCACUGAUCUGUGAAUAUACUUUGACACAAAUGCCACAAGGAGAAGAAUUUAAAUUCCGUGUUAUGGCUUGCAAUGCUGGUGGACCAGGUGAACCAGCUGACGUACCAGGUGUUGUGACUAUAACAGAGAUGCUUGAUCCUCCAAGUUAUGAUCUUGAGGCAAAAUACAAAGAUGUCCUUGUAGUCAGAUCUGGAGGAGUAAUCAAACUUUCAGUACCCAUCAAAGGCAAACCUGCUCCUACCUGCAAAUGGACGAAGGAUGGAUCAGAGGUGACCAACCAUGCAAUGAUUGCUUCCAAUGAAGAUGUAUCAGAGCUUGUAAUCAAACAAGCUGAAAGGUCUGAUUCUGGAGUUUACUAUCUCCAUCUGGAAAACAAGUGUGGCAAAAUGAUGCUUCCUAUAAAGGUCAAGGUUAUUGGCCGCCCAUCUGUACCUGAAGGCCCUCUUAGAUUUGAUGAUAUACAAGCACAUUCUGUAAGAGUGAGCUGGAAACCACCAACAGAAGAUGGUGGUUCUGAAAUUGUUGGCUACAUUGUGGAGAGACGUGAAGUAACAAAAGCAGCUUGGUACACUGUUGACUCACGAGUGGUUGACACAUCCCUUGUGGUUAAGGGACUACAAGAAAAUGUUGAAUACCACUUCAAGGUGACAGCAGAGAACCAGUUUGGAAUAAGCAACUCCCUGAAAUCAGAGACAACUGUUGUACCAAAGACUCCCAUUUGUGUCCCAGAGGCUUCAGGCACUCCACCAGAAAUUAUGGAUGUUACUAAGAAUUCUGCUGCUUUGGCUUGGACUAAACCCAAAGAUGAUGGUGGAUCUCGCAUUACUGGUUACUUUAUUGAGUACAAAGAAGUGUCGUCUGAAAAGUGGAUUCGUCAUGAGACAAAGAUUACCUCAACAAUGUAUACUCUUAGUCAGCUCUCAACUGAUGCUGAGUAUCAGUUCCGUGUUAUUGCUGUGAAUGACAUUGGAGAGAGUGAACCAGGACCUGCAUCAGAUUCAGUAAUAUGCAAAGAUCCCUUUGAUAAACCAAGCCAGCCAGGAGAAAUUGACACUAUGACUGUUACCAAAGACUACAUUACAAUUAACUGGGAGGCUCCAGCAUGUGAUGGUGGAAAACCAGUUCUUGGCUACUGGAUUGAAUACCGAAAGUCUGGAGAGAGUGCUUGGAAGAAAUGCAAUAAGGAGCGCACAAAGGACAAACAAUACACACAGGGUGGUCUACAAGAGGCAACUGAAUAUGAAUUCAGAGUAUUUGCUGAAAAUGAAACCGGAAUUAGCAGACCACGCAGAACAGCAACUGGCAUCAAAACUAAACUGGGUGUUGGAACUAAACCAGCUCUCCGGAAAGAGAUGGAUGAAGUCACUGCUAAACUAGGACAAACUGCAACUCUCAAAUGUCAGAUUAUUGGAAGACCUGUUCCAGAAAUUAAAUGGUACAAGGGUGGAAAGGAAAUCAAAGAAGGUCGCGAAUAUGCAGCGACCUCUGAUGGCCGCAGUCAUACACUGACCAUUUCAACCGAUCAGCAGGAAGAUGAGGGUCUGUACACAUGCAUGGCUGUGAAUGAAGCCGGGGAGUGUGAGACCAGUGGAACUCUGGUCCUUGAAGCAGCACCACAGUUCCCAGUGCCACUGAAAGACAAAUUAUUUGCAACAUGUGGUAGCACAGUGCGCAUACAUGUUGUUUACAUUGGUCGACCUCAGCCUAAGAUCAUGUGGCUUUAUGGCGCCAAGGCUUUGGAGCCCUCUGAGAAUGUAAUAAUUGAAAAUACAGAGCAUUACACUCAUUUGAUUCUCAAAAAUGUACAGCGCAGAGUAAACGGAGGAAAAUACAGAAUCAGGAUCAACAACCAUUUCGGGGCUGCAGAUACUGUAACUCAUGUUGAAAUCUUAGAUAAACCUGCAAUGCCAGAAGGCCCUCUUGUUCUUGAUGCACUAUUGAAGAAUUCUGUGAUCAUUAGCUGGAAAGCACCCAAAGAUGAUGGAGGAUCUAUGAUCACAAAUUAUAUUGUGGAAAAGCGUGAAGACAAGGAAGGAGCAGAGUGGGAACUUGUAUCUUCAUCUAUCACAGGCACUUCAUGCAGAAUUCCUAACCUUGUUGAAAAUGAGGGAUACUUCUUCCGUGUUUCAGCACAAAAUCGUUAUGGCAAUAGUGAAUCACUGGAGACUCCUUCUGCUAUCCUCAUCAAGAGUCAGCUAGAGAGGCCAGGAGCUCCAUUAAAACCAGUUGUUUCUGCACUUACCAAAAACUCCUGUGUUGUGUCUUGGAAGCCACCUCUCAGUGAUGGUGGUUCUAAAAUUAAGAACUACUGUCUUGAAAAACGAGAUAAGAAGAAGGGUGAAUGGGUUGCAGUUACAACAGAUGAAAUCCACCAGACUGUUUAUUCUGUCAAGGGCCUGACAGAAGGUGUGGAGCAUGAAUUCCGGGUGAAAUGUGAAAACCUUGGUGGAGAAAGUGAGUACAGUGAAGUAUCUGACCCUGCCAUUCCAAAGACUGAUGUUGAAGUGCGUGCUCCUGCCUUCAAAGAAGACCUCAGAAACAUGAGUGUAAAAUUCAAGAGCAAUGCAACAUUUGUCUGCAAGAUAACAGGACAGCCCAAGCCUGUAAUAAAAUGGUUCAAGCGUGGUAAGGAAAUUCAAGCUGAUGGCACCAAAAUCAAGAUCCAAGAAUUCAAGGGAGGCUACCAUCAGCUUGUUAUUGCUGAUUGUGAUACAGAAGACUCAACUGUAUAUCAGAUCAGAGCAACAAACCAGGGUGGAUCCAUUUCUGCUACUGUUUCUCUAGAUGUUGAAAUCCCUGCUAAGAUUCAUCUACCUAAGAAUCUGCAAGGAAAGGAGGCUAUCCCUGCCCUUCGUGGUGAAGUGGUGAACAUCAAAAUUCCAUUCAGUGGAAAACCAGAUCCAGUUAUCACUUGGCAGAAGGGACAAGACCUUCUUGAUAAUGAUGGACACUAUCAAGUCAUUGUCACACGAUCCUUCACAUCUCUUGUAUUCUUGAAUGGAAUAGAAAGGAAUGAUGCUGGUUUCUAUAUUGUGUGUGCCAAAAACAGAUUUGGAAUUGACCAGCAAACAGUUGAGCUUGAUGUUGCAGAUGUGCCUGAUCCACCACGUGGCAUCAAAGCCAGUGAUGUUUCGAGAGAUUCUGUAACACUUCACUGGGUAGCACCUGCCAAUGAUGGUGGAAGUAAAGUCACAAACUAUAUCAUAGAAAAGUGUGCCACAACAGCAGAAAGAUGGGUUCGUGUUGGCCAGUCUCGUGACACCCACUAUACUGUUGUCAAUCUGUUUGGAAAAACAAGUUACCAAUUCCGUGUCAUAGCUGAAAAUAAAUUUGGUCAGAGUGCACCGUCUGAGCCAAGUGGAUCUGUUGUAACGAAGGAAGACAAAUCAAGAGUUCUUAACUAUGAUGAAGAAGUUGAUGACACCAGGCCAGUUUCCAAAAGCAAAGCUCCUCAUUUAGAGGCUAAGAAUGUUCACAACAAGUACAUGAUUGCUGAAGAGCUUGGCCGCGGACAGUUUGGUAUUAUUCACCGGUGCAUUGAAAGCAGUUCUGAGAAAACUUACAUGGCUAAAUUUGUCAAAGUUAGAGGUGCAGAUCAGGCACUAGUGAAGAAAGAAAUUGCAACACUGAAUGUGGCACGCCACAAGAACUUCCUGUUACUGCAUGAGUCAUUUGACUGCCCUGAAGAACUAGUCAUGGUUUAUGAGUUCAUCUCUGGUGUGGACAUAUUUGAGCGCCUUGGUACAGCCAAUUUUGAGCUCAAUGAGCGUGAAAUUGUUAACUAUAUCAGACAAGUAUGUGAAGCUCUUGAAUUCCUUCACAGCAAGAGUUAUGGCCACUUUGAUAUCAGGCCUGAAAAUAUAGUGUACACUACAAGAAAGGGAACUAAUGUCAAGAUCAUUGAGCUUGGACAAUCUAGACACCUUACACCUGGCGACCAAAUUAAGAUUCAGUACACGACAGCUGAGUUUGCGGCACCAGAAAUACAUCAAAAUGAGAUGGUUAGCACCGUGACAGAUAUGUGGUCUGUUGGUGUCCUUGUGUAUGUUCUUCUCAGUGGACUUAAUCCAUUCGCUGCUGAAACUAAUCAGCAAAUGAUUGAGAGCAUUUGCAAUGCUGAGUACAGUUUUGAUGAUGAAGCCUUCAAGCAUGUAAGUGUUGAGGCAUUUGACUUUGCGGACCGCCUACUAACCAAAGAGCGCAAACAUCGUAUGACCGCUGCUGAGGCUUUGAAUCAUCCUUGGCUGACAAUGAACUCAGAGCAGCUAAGCACUAGGUCCAUCAAGAUUACACGCCAUAAGAGAUAUUACCAAGCCAUGGUUAAGAAAGAAUGGAACACUGUUGUGUCAUCUGCUCGUGUUGCCAGUGGUGGUGCUAUCAGAAGUCAGCGAGGAGUAACAGUCUCUAAAGUGAAGAUUGCACCAUUUGAACAUGGACCGGUUGCAGGACUAAUUAAACACAGUGUUGCUGACGAAGGUGAUGAUAUCAAGCUCAUUUGCAACAUUGAUAACUACGAUAGCACCACCGAAGUAACAUGGUACUGUGGAGUAAGACAACUAGAAGAAGGCGCUAAAUAUGAAAUUACUUAUGAAGACGGGCUUGCUACCAUAACUAUCAAAGGAAUCACCAGAACUGAUGACGGAACAUACAGAUGUAAAGUUGUCAAUGAGUAUGGUGAGGACAGUGCCUAUGCUGAGCUCUUUGUCAAAGGGGUAAGAUCCUAUCGUGAGUUCUUCACUACACGUGUUGUAAAGAAAGUAAAACGCAGAGUUGACACAGCAAGACUUCUGCAAAGACCUCCUGAAUUUACUUUGCCAUUGUGUAACCGCACUGCUUACAUUGGAGAGGAUGUCCGCUUUGGUGUCACAAUCACAGUGCAUCCUGAACCUCGUGUAAUGUGGUUGAAAACUGGUCAAAAGAUUAUGCCAGGAGAUGAUGACAAGAAAUACACUUUUGUUAGUGAUAAGGGCCUGUAUCAGUUAGUGAUUCACAAUCUUGACCCAGAUGAUGACGCAGAAUACACUGUUGUGGCACGGAACAGAUUUGGUGAUGACAGUUGCAAGGCUCGUCUCACAGUGAUCCCUCGUCCUGCUCCUGCUGAUAACACCUUGAGACCUAUGUUCAAACGUGUUCUUGCUAACUUGGAAUGCAGAGAAGGCCAGAGUGUACGUUUUGAAAUGAGAGUGUCAGGACAUCCUUCAUUGAAAUGGGAGAAAGAUGGCAUGCCUUUGGCAUUUGGUCCACAAAUUGAAGUUGUGCAUGAAGGCUUAGAUUACUAUGUCUUACAUGUAAGAGAUACUCUUCCAGAGGAUUCUGGCACAUAUAGAGUCAUUGCAACUAACUCAGCUGGGUCUGCAAGUUGCCAAUCCACACUCAAGGUUGAACGUGUGAUACACAUCAAGAAGGAGGAGAGUGAGGAACAAAAGAAGAAGAAACACGAUCUUGAUCAGCAAGAGAUGGACAAGAAAGUAAGACUAACUCAGAUACUAGCAGGUGCAGAUGUUACCCCACUUACUCCAGUCGCACAGCAAGCACUAAGAGAAGCUGCAACUAUGUUCAAACCAGCAAUCACUACCAAGAAAGUCAAGAGCGAAGCUGAGGAAGCCAGAGAAAAAGAAGAGAAAAAGAAGAGAGCAGAAGAAAAGAGGUUGAGAAUGCCAUAUGUUAUUCCUCCACCUCGUGUUGUUGCUCCUACUGCUCUUGAGGAGGACAUGGAAAUCAAACACUUUGUGCCUUUCUCUGAUAUGAAGUGGUACAAGAAACUCCGUGAUCAGUAUGAGUUCCCGGAGCCAAUGGAAAAGUUCCCCCAGAAAAGACUUAAGCGCAUCCGGCUGUCAAGGUGGGAUCAGUUCUAUGAAGUACCCCUGCCGAGAAUUAAAGACCAAUACAAGCCAAAAUGGCAUAUUCCUGUUUCACAGGAUGACCUUGAGACUGUAAGGCCAGCAAGACACCGCACACCUUCUCCAGAGAUGGAGGCUUACUACAGAAUCAGGAGACGCUCUCUUGGUGAUCUUUCUGAUGAGGAACUGCUUCUGCCUGUUAAAGAAUACUUGUCAAUGAAGAGAACAGAGGAAGAAAGACUUAAACUCGAGGAUGAACUUGAGUUAGGCUAUUCUGCUUCUCCACCAAGACUUAGCCCUGUACACUUUGAACUCUCUGCACUGCGUCACCCAUCACCUAAGAGAGCUGCAUAUGAUGAGGAGGAAGUGGAGGAAGUUCCAACAUAUGACUCCUACCGUAUUCCAUCUAAAUAUGAGGCUGGUCCAAGCUAUAUUGACUUACGUCAGCGUCACGAUAGGGCAACAUACAGACCUCCAAGACAAAAGCAAAGGUUAUAUGAGGAAAAAGAGGAUCAGGAACUGCUUAGGUCAGCAAUGACAACCACAAAGUUAACUUCCUACAAGAGCCAACUGCAGCACAUUGAGUUUGAGGAGAAAACAAAAGUCAAAAGAAAGGAGAAAACAAGAGUUUCUGUGUCAGCGGUAACUGAGGCAGCAGUCAUAACUGAUAUACCUACAGCAUCAUUCUCUCCUGGCUAUGCUACAGUAACUCGUCCUAAGAAGACUUCUGCUGCUCUGGCAGAAAAAGAAGUGGUUAAAAUGACAUUACCUGAAAAAACACGCCCACGUUCCCCCAGCCUUGAAUCUGCUGAGAAAGCAGCCACUACACCAGACUUAUCAACAAAAAUUGAUUAUAUGUCAAGGUAUGAGUCAAGAAAGAAAGCCUUGAAAACUGAGAGGAAGCUUGAAAUUGUGACCCAGCAGCCUUUUACCCUUGACCAUGCUCCCAGAGUGACUGUAAGAAUGCGCUCUCACCGUGUGCCAAUUGGUCAAAACACUAAGUUCACACUGAAUGUCCAAUCUAAGCCAGAAGCACAGAUUAAAUGGUACCACAAUGGAGUGCAGAUUGAAGAAAGCAGAAAAUACCGUAUGUUUAACAUGAGUGGUGUUUUGUCUCUUCAAAUCACUGAUUGUCAGGAAGAGGACAGUAGCACCUACCGUGUCGUCUGCACAAAUGCAAAGGGAGAGGCCUCUGACUAUGCCACUCUCGAUGUUGCUGGUGAUGGAUUUUCUGCAUAUGCCUCACAACGUAAAGAUGAGGAGCCACCAACUCCCUUUGUCCCUGAGAUGACAAAAACAGAUGUUUAUCAUGUUUCAUCUACAAAAGCAGCAUCUGUAUCAGAAACACAAGUGGAAUUAUCCAAAACUAAAACAGACAAGAUAGAAGAGACCAUUGAGACUGUUGUUCAGGAGGAGCAAGUAACAUCUGAAAUCAAACUUGAAACCAUGGCAGUGACAGCAGUUGAGGAAGUUGUGGUUGAGAAAAUUUCUGAGACUAAACUUGAAGCUACAGAAGUGACAACAGUAGUGGAAAAAGUGGUUGAGGAAAAGAAGCCAACUCUCCCAGCUACAAUUCUGACUAAACCACAGUCACUCACAGUAUCUGAGGGAGAAUCUGUUAAAUUCACCUGUGAUGUUGAUGGUGAACCUGCACCCACUAUAACAUGGAUGCGAGAGACUCAAGUAAUUGUGUCCUCUCAUCGUUACCAUAUUACCUCAACUGAAUAUAAAUCUACCUUUGAGAUUACCCAAGUAGAAAUGUCAGAUGGAGGUAAUUACACUGUAGUGGCAGAGAACUCUGAAGGUAAACAGGAGGUACAGUUCAGUCUAACUGUUCGUAAACCAACACCUAUACAGAAAGUUGUUGCUUCUCCUCCAAGAGUGAAAUCUCCAGAGUCUCCCCGUAUAAAGUCACCAUUUGGAAUUAGGUCUCCACAGAGAAUUAAAUCACCUGAACCAAUUAAAUCUCCACCAAGAGUUAAGUCCCCACCCAUGGUAAAAUCACCUACUCCAAAAGAAAAAACAUCCAAGCCAACCUUCUCAGCAGAACUGAAAGACAUCUCAGCCUCUGCAGAUACUAUUAUAAAGCUUACAGUGAAAGUGUCCAGUGAGCCUAAGCCAUCAAUCUCUUGGAUGAAGGAUGGAAAAAACCUCUCUCAAGGUGGAAAAUAUGAAAUCUUUGAAGAACAUGGUUCAGCACAUCUUGAAAUCUAUGAAGCUGAUGUCUCUGAUAGUGGAGUGUACACAUGUACAGCCAAAAACAGUGCUGGAUCUGUUACUACAAACUGCACUGUUACCGUUCAAGCACGAACAACAACAGUUGCCAUUGAAAGAAAAGCAGAGUUGACAGAGCAAAUAGUGAAAAAGGAGAUUGCCUAUGAGGAAGUGCAGUCCUUUACAGAAAUUAAAGCAUCAAAAACCCAAAUGACAAUGAGUCAAGGUCAGACUGUUACACUACGAGCAAACAUCCCUGAAGCCUCUGAUGUGAAAUGGAUCCUGAAUGGAGCCAAGCUAUUAAAUUCAGAGAACUACAGAUAUGGUGUGUCAGGAAAUGAUCACACCCUGACAAUUAAAAGCAUCAGCCACCAUGACCAGGGAAUUCUCACAUGUGAGGCCAAAACUGAACAUGGUGUAGUCAAGUGCCAGUUUGACAUGACCGUCAGUGCAAUGCACUCAAAUGCACCAAGUUUCCUUGUGCAACCACGCUCCCAGAAUGUAAACGAGGGACAAAAUGUCACAUUUACAUGUGAAAUCACUGGUGAAACUUCUCCUGAAAUUGAGUGGCUCAAGGAUAAUACAGUAAUAUCUAUUACAUCGAACAUGAAAUUGAGCCAGUCUAAGAAUGUGUACACACUUGAUAUUCACAAUGCCACCAUUGAAGACAGCGGAAAAUAUACAGUAAAAGCUAAGAACAAAUUUGGACAGUGCUCUGCAACAGCAUCACUGAAUGUCCUCACUCUGGUUGAGGAACCUGCCAAAAUGAUAAUUGUGGAGAGAGCCUCUGAUGCUACGAGCAUGCAGGGGAGUUAUGCUGCCAAGCAUGUGGUUUCAAAAAUGCAAGAAACAUCCUUCAGCAGUUCCAGCAUGGCUGAGGUUAAAUUUGAGAGCAUGUCAGCAUCUAGCAUGACCUCCAUGACUUCUGAAAGAAUGAUAGCUAUGAGCUCCAGCAGUAUGAUGGCAAUGUCCAGUCACUCGCAUGCUGAGGGGUCAUCCAUCAAAGCCAUUUCUCAUGGCCGCAAAGGUAUACCACCAAAGAUUGAGGCUGCCCCUCAAGAUAUCAGUAUUGAGUCAGGGAAGGACUUGACUGUAGCCUGUGCUUUCACUGGAGACCCAGCCCCUUCCAUAGAAUGGUCACAUUCAGGGAAGACACUGUCCAGCAAGGAGGAGAGUGGACGAUUGCAGAUUGAGACUUCUCAAGAUAUCACCGCUCUUGUUAUAAGUGGAGUGAAAGAGACUGAUGCUGGUGCAUACACCAUAAAACUUUUUAAUGAGUUUGGAUUUGAUACCACUACUGUCAAUGUCAGGAUUCGAUCGAUGUAAAAAAAAUAAAUAAAUAAAUAAAAAAAAAAGAUAAAAUAGUUAUACAAUCCUCACCCCAUUUCCCUCAUUCAAAUCCUUUUUAUUUAUAGAAUGAGAAAAAAAUACUCCGUUCUUGAUAAAGACCUGGAUUUCUGUUCUUGUAAAUAUGACCUAUUUUUAUACCAAACUUGACAUUAAUUUAUGCCAAACUAGACUAAAGUCUAAAGUUGCUAUAAAAUGUGCCAUAUUGGAUAAUUAUGAUCAGAAGUUCAGCACCAUUUUGUGACAUGUACAUAAUGUAUAUAGCCGAAUUUACCGGUUAUGAAAAAUGUAUGAAUUGUUAUUUAUGACAAUAUUAAGAAAUGAAACAAGUGGAACUAAAUGUUUAACAGGAGAAAGUUUCACAUGGAACGAAUACCCUGUAAAACCUGAAACAAAGCAAAACUCUGUGCCUCAACAAUAAGUUGAAGUCUUAAGAUUGCCUCAACAGGUAGAGAGGCUCCCUGUUGAAGUUAACUAAAAUCAGAGAGACGAAGUUAUGCACUGUACAUUUGUGCAUGCAGUAAUGCAGUACACAAGAAUUUAUGACUUGAACAUAAGACCUUGAGUGCUGUUUGCGUUACCCUCAUGUAAGCAGGGCAACUAGGCCUUGUGUUCAGACUGACGAAGUCAUACCGCCAUUUUAAUGACAAGCUCAAUGUGCGAGCGGCCUGCACAAUGAGUUAAUGAUAAUGUUUGUGCACAGUUUCUGGCAACGGACUGUUUGAAUUUUGAUUUUAUGAAAGUAACACCACCUGGCCAUUAAUUGUAAAAUCAAUUCAAGUGCUUCUUUGCAGAAGCUGUGCCAACUCUUGGAGGAUUGCUAGGUUAUAUUUUGUGUGUUUGUGUGUGUGUUAGCGUUAGAAUCUCACUUUGUCAGCAGCCAGGGUAUCCAUCAAGUAAUGUACCACAGAGACUUCAUGUGCUGUGCAAAGAAAA